AAUGUGCAUUAUCUUAAUAAUGUUAUUUGCCACACCUGUGGCUGGGUGGGGUUGGAGGCUUACAGGUGCUUGGAGGCUACACCUCUGGGGCUGGAGGUGGAGCAUGUUAUUCUUCAGUAGGAGAUGCAAGGAUAUCGUUCUGACUGACCUGACUUAGUGGAGUUGAGAGAUCUAUGCUUGGCUCUUCUCCAGUGGGGAGUUUUCUCAGAAUGGAAGCGGGUUGUUUUCAGCUCCUCCAGAAGUUAUGGAGGUGAGUGGCUUUUGAAAUACUUAUGUGGUGCUUGGGGUUCUUUAUGCAAAAAUAGAAGAAGAGGGAAUAACAUGAAGGGCUCCAGUUUCUUUCCAAUACAAGUGGAUUUUUACCUAUGAGGAAAUGCGACUUUUACACUUACCCUGGAAGGCGUGUUGCCUCAAGCUCGAGUGAUUCUUUGUGAUGUUAUGCUAGCCAAAAUGCAGUGGUACCUCUGGUUAAGAACUUAAUUUGUUCUGGAGGUCCGUUCUUAACCUGAAACUGUUCUUAACCUGAGGUACCACUUUAGCUAAUGGGGCCUCCUGCUGCUGCCGUGCCACCGGAGCACGAUUUCUGUUCUCAUCCUGAAGCAAAGUUCUUAACCCGAGGUACUAUUUCUGGGUUAGCAGAGUCUGUAACCUGAAGCGUCUGUAACCUGAAGCAUCUGUAACCCGAGGUACCACUGUAAACCCUUACUUUGAGACAUUUUCUUAACUCACAUUACUUGGUGUCACCAUGUAUAUAUUGUACGCUAUCUGAUUGUAAAUUAAGAUACAAUUCAGUAGUGAUAUAAAAGUGUUGUAAUCAUAUUAUUAGCCUACCAUGUUGCUUUUGGGUUGUCAUUUGUGUUGGAUAGCCGGAUGAGGAGGGGGUUGCUGUGGUGGGGCUAUUUCUUAAGAGCUGCAACUCUUGAGAACUGAAGGUGGGCUGAAAACACAAAGUCCUGCAGAGAAUAAUGAUGCCCAUUUGCCUGGAGACCUUUCUGAAUACAGUCCCUUUUUCUUGGCAUUUGAGACUUCGGCUGGGAUUUGGAAUUGCUGAGAAUUUCAGGCGCUUGUUUUAUGUGUUUAACUUUAAAACUGUUGGUUUUCCCGUGUGGGAGGUUUUAUCAAACUCGGCGAUAGAGAAUCACUUUCUGAUAUGCAUAGAAGUUGCUUUAGGGUCUUACCUUUGUUUCCCUCAGCAUGUUAAACAAAGGUGAAUGGCAAAUAUAUUUGACUUUGGUUGCAUGUGGUGGGAGAGGUAUGUGCCGCAUAUACACAUAAUGAUCAGAAAUUACGCACGUAAAUAGGAUCCGAAAUGCAGUUUUUGCCACAUGCAAGUUACCAUUUUCUGGGUGUAAAAGAAAAUGUUAUUGUAACUGCUUGUAAAAUUUAAAAUGAUCCCUUUUCCUGCUUUUAUGAAGGUCACCCCAAGACAUUUUGGAGCUGGAGGUGGGAAAUCAAAUGCCAACUUUUCCUGCUAAUUUAAUAUGGGGUUGUGCACAAUAACUAAGAGGCAGCCAGGGACAUGGAAUCAAUGUAAUACUCCUAUUUGUAUUUUCAAAGCAUAGGGAAUUUUCAGUUUUCGAAAGGAGAAAUUGUAGGACAGCCGAACUUUAAGAAAGCCCUAUGAACAAGGAAGAAUUAAUGCAGGCACAAGGGCUUACAACCCAUAAUAAGCGGGAUGGUAUGGAUGAACCAUAAGUAAAAUUCCAAAUGUGAAGACUGCAAAUAUUCUGAAAUGCCAAGAGUAGUAUUCUGAAAUGUAAGACUCGCCCUCCCCCCAAAAAAGGUUUUGGAAUUGGUAUGAUUAUUCGCAUACUGGCUUAUAAGAACAUACAAAGGAUAAGUACCGUAUUUUUCCCUCCAUAAGUCGCACCUAGUUUUUAGAGGAGGAAAACAAGAAAAAAAUAACAUUCUGUUUGUUUUUUUUAAAUGAUUUUUAUUAAGAUUUCAGUAUAAGAUUAAACAGAAAAACAUAAAAAAGAAAUACACAAAUACACAGUACAUAAUCCAAGAAGGAAAAAAAACAACACAGAGAACAAAAAACAAAAAAAGAAACAGAACAAUUAAAAACAAUAUCACCUUUUCAUUUCCGUUUUUAAAUUUACUUAUUUUCUGGACCUCCUCAUACCUCCCUCUUUUGUAUUCCAGUCCAAAUUGUUUGUCCAGCAAUUUCUUUUCCACUUUUUAAUCCCAAUCUUUAAUCUUAAUGUAAUAUAGCAUUAAAAUUUUACCUCUUAAAUACCAAAUUUCCAUUUCCUUAAACUUCUUUAAUCCUAAUCUUUAAUCUUAGUCUAUCUAUAACUUUAAAUCCUGUACAGCUGGAAACCACUUAUUUUCAAUCCAACAUCACUCUAGCAUUCUUUAAUUUUGCAGUGUUUCUGUAGAUAAUCUUUGAAUUUCUUCCAAUCUUCCUCCACCGACUCUUCUCCCUGGUCACGGAUUCUGCCAGUCAUUUCCGCCAGUUCCAUAUAGUCCAUCAGUUUCAUCUGCCAUUCCUCCAGCGUGGGAAGUUCUUGUGUCUUCCAAUACUUUGCGAUGAGUAUUCUUGCUGCUGUUGUUGCAUACAUAAAAAAGGUUCUAUCCUUUUUAUCACCAUCUGGCCGACCAUGCCCAGGAGAAAGGCCUCUGGUUUCUUAGGGAAGGUAUAUUUGAAUACCUUUUUAAUUCAUUAUAUAUCAUUUCCCAGAAAGCCUUAAUCUUUGGGCACGUCCACCAAAGGUGAAAAAUGUACCUUCAGUUUCUUUACAUUUCCAACAUUUAUUAUCGGGCAAAUGAUAGAUUUUUGCAAGCUUGACUGGGGUUAUGUACCACCUGUAUAUCAUUUUCAUAAUAUUCUCUCUUAAGGCAUUACAUGCCGUAAAUUUCAUACCUGUGGUCCACAACUGUUCCCAGUCAGCAAACAUAAUGUUAUGUCCAACGUCUUGUGCCCAUUUAAUCAUAGCCGAUUUUACCGUUUCAUCCUGAGUGUUCCAUUUCAGCAGCAAGUUAUACAUUCUUGACAAAUUCUUAGUUUUGGGUUCUAACAGUUCAGUUUCUAAUUUUGAUUUUUCCACCUGGAAGCCAAUUUUCUUGUCCAAUUUAAAUGCCUCCAUUAUCUGAAAAUAAUGAAGCCAGUCUCGCACUUUGUUUUUAGUUUUUCAAAACUCUGCAAUUUCAGUCUAUCUCCAUCUUGUUCCAAAAUUUCCCAAUAUUUCGGCCAUUUGACCUCCAUAUUGAGCUUUUUCAAGGCUUUCGCUUCCAUUGGUGACACUCAUUUACCUCUCUUUAAACACAGGACUGUGAGUCUAGGGAAGGUUAAAGGACCUCAAGGGGUUACAGUGAAAUUCUGUGUUUAUUGAGAUUUCUUGCCUGCUCCCUGGAGAGGCCAGUAGCAUUAGCACUGGAUUACAGCGAGUGUUGGGAAAUGCCUUCCAAUUUCCACUGCACAAGGAAGGGUAGGGCUUGGAGUCAGCUACGGAACAGUGCAAAUCACUACUGCAAAUAACUACUCCAUAAUGCAAAACCACAGGCACGCCUCAUGAAUACUGAGUCACUCUUGACAUCAAUAUGACAGAAUUAACUGUUCCAUAGAAGAGCUGGUCAAAAGUGUUUGGGUUCCUGGGUGGAGCUGCAGCAAACACUCCCCACCCUUAGUCAAGAUGUGCUAUUGCCCAGGCAAGGUACUGUGGCACCCAAAGGAGAAAACCGCAUAAGCAGAAAUAGGUGCAGCUGCAGUCUCUCCCUGGCCAUUUUUUUUUUAAAAAACUAACAACUUGCUGUCUUUCUAUGGCACACAAAUCCAGCUGCCUGAGGUGCCUGCCUCACUCUCCCUAAUGGUAGGGCCACUCUGCAACUUUCCCCCCACCCACUGCAGGGCACAGGUGCCUAACCCUAGUUGUACCACAGGAAAAACAUCCACAAGCCCAGGAGAGGAAGAAGAGGCCAUGAAGAACUUCUGAAGUUCUGAAGUCUCACCCGACUACAUCACAGUCCCAAAACAUCUCUUCAGAACAGCAGCAACAACAACACAGAAUGCGCCUCUGAGCACAUGCAGGUAUACAAAAAAUAACAUUCUGAACGAAACAGUGGAUGCACAGAUGGCCUACAGACAGAACCUACACCUAUUGAAUGGGGCUAUACAAGGAGAUUAUCCCGGUCAAUAUACAUAUUGGUCAGGACACAAAUUGUCAGUGAUAGACUAUUGCAUUGUUUCCCAGGAUUUGAUCCCUAGGAUAUCAAAAUUCACCAUUAUAGCAAGAGCUGAAAGUGACCACCUACCUUUAUCCCUCGUGUGUGAUCUACCCUUUGAUCUGCCCAAACCACAACACAGAUAUCAACCGGAGUUAACACCCGGAACAGGCCUCAAGAAAAUCAGAUGGAAUGGACAAGUGAGCGAGCGGAUAUCUAACUGGUACAAAUCUGAGGAGAGCUACCGUCUCUCAAAAGCAAUCAUGGAAGGGUGCUUAGAAACAGAGGAGAGCGCCCCGAACAUGAUGACAACAUAUGAGAUGCUUAUACAAAAAAUUCAAGAGUUUGUUGUAAAACCGAAUUCCAAGUCUCCCUACUAUAGGAAAACUUCCAGGGAGUGGUUCGAUCAUGAGUGCAUAGCCUCCAGGAAAUCAUUGAUCCACUCCUUCAUCUGUUAUAAGGAUAACCCAACAGAGGAUAACAGACAAAAGAUGCUUGAAGUCAAAAGAAGUUACAAAAAACUCCUGACACAAAAGAAAAGGUACGCAAUGAAGUUAUUAUGGCAGCAACUGAUAGAGGCCUCCAAUUCCAGUAACCCAUCAUUAUUCUGGAGAAUCGUUGCUGUACAACCGGAUAGGGGUCUAUCACAACUAUCCUGCUGCAUAUCAAUGAAAGCCUGGGAAACACACUUCCAUAAUCUUUACGAGGAAUCUAGCGAUGAGUCCUAUGUAUUAGACAUACCGGAAGACCAUGGCCAGCAGUUUCAAUAACAGAGACUCAUCUGCUGAUUGACCAACUAAAGAACGGGAAAGCCCCCGGAAUUGACUGUAUACCAGCGGAACUUUUAAAAACCAACGCGACCUGGUGGGCCCCCCUGUUAGCCUCCCUGUUCACAUAUAUAGAUAGAACUGCACAGAUUCCAUACGACUGGGGGACUUCCAUCAUUAUUCCCAUUUACAAAAAAGGCCUGAGGGAUGAUCCCUCCAACUACAGACCUAUAAGCCUCCUGAAUAUUUAGCAAAUUAUAUGCUAAACACCUCAGUGAGAAACUGUGCGAAUGGAUAGAAAGAGCGAAGAUUCUUGAUGAUGCACAGGCGGGAUUUAGAAAGGGGAGAUCCACAAUGGAUCACUGCUUGACCUUACAGCACCUAGCUGAGAAAUACACGCUGCAUCAUAAUCACCACCUAUUCGCAGCAUUUGUAGAUUUUAAAGCAGCCUUUGACUCCAUCUCAAGACCCCGACUCUGGGACAAACUCAACAAAUCAUCUAUAGACCGACGUCUCCUGCUAUUAAUAUCCAAACUGUACAACAACACACGACUUCGUAUAAGAUGUAGCCAAGAAGGUCAACUCUCUAAUUCCAUUAGAACAACAAAGGGAGUUAAACAAGGAUGCCCCCUUUUUGUUCAACAUCUAUAUAAACUCCCUAACAGACCACCUACAAGGAGCGGAUACACACGCCCCAAAAUUAGCAGACAAAAAACUGCCUAUCCUACUCUAUGCAGACGAUGCGGUUAUACUGUCCCAGACUCAGAAGGGCCUUAAAAGAGCUCUUAACAGCUUAUCCCAAUAUUGUAGAGAAGAGAAACUAGUAGUGAACUACCAAAAACAAAAAUCAUGGUUUUCUCUAACAAAAGAAAAAUAUAUAGAUGGAAAUUAGACAAUCAGGAGAUUGAACAAGUGACAUGCUUUAAAUACCUAGGAGUUAUAUUCCAAGCAUCAAGGAAGAAGACUGCCCACAUAAAUUACAGUUCCUCUACAGCACAAAAAAGUACAACAGCAAUUCUAAGAUACCAUCUGUGAUGAGUAUGAGUUACUCGUGCGUAAACUGGUGCCUCUCUAGGCUAAUUUGCCUUGUUAAACCUUUCUGACUGCACAGCCCUUUCUUAUUGUGACUGCCUCAGUCACUGGCAGAAUCCGUCAGUGGGCGUUUCUUGAACCUCUUCCAACAUAAGAGUUGUUUGACACCCAGUCUCCUCCUCCUCUCACUGCGCGGGAGUCUUCUGCGCAGGGAGGGCGUGGGUAGCGGAGGACCUGUCCCCUCCUCACUGAGUUCCAGUGAAGAGUCCUGGAGCCCUCUCUCCGAUUCCCCCAUCUGCCCACCUUUAUCCCUGGUGUUGCGCUUAAAUGCUUCCCCUCCACUGAGCUGUUUCUCCCCUGCUGAUGGGUCCUUCUCCAGCAUCAUCUAGGAGCCUCCCCUUCGCCUCUCGCUCCGAUGUCAGUUCCCUGACAUCCACCUCCCCCCCAGAAUCCCCUCCACCCCUGGACCGACCUGUGGGAUCAACUUCGUCCCCUUCGUCGGCCGACGAGGCGGGGAACCCCCGGAAGGAACUGUCACCAUCUUCUGUGGAUUCGAAACCCGCUUCCCACCCGCUCUUCCACCUGCCAACGGGGUGGUCCUCCCAGUCUGAUUCUUCUUCCUCCGAAACCUCUCCUCCCUCCUCCUCGGAGUCAGAAAAUCCCUCAAAAACCUCUUCAUCAUCUGUGGUUCCAAAUUGCUCCUCCCAGAAUCUCUCCAGGGGUUUGGGUUUGUCCGGGAACCGGCGGUGGAAUACCUCCACCAGAUACCUGUCCUCGAAGGCUUCCGUGGGGACCCACGUGUUUUCGGACCUGGGUUCCCCCUCCCACGCUACCAAAUACUCCACCCGGCGCCCUCGCCACCUUGAGUCCAGUAUUUCCGUGGCCCUGUGGUGGUGUUCCCUUUCUUCUACCUGCGGGUGUGUGGUGACUUCUCCCUCUUGCCCCUGGAAUUCCCGCCCUUCCCUAUGCGGUGAGAGCAGGGACCUGUGGAAAACCGGGUGUAUUUUCAUGCUAUCAGGCAACUUGAGCUUAAAUGCCACGGGAUUAACUUGCUGUGUUACCUCAAAAGGUCCCAGCCGUCUGGGCUGCAACUUCUUGCACCCCCCUUUGAAAGGUAGCCCUUGGGUGGACAACCACACCCGGUCCCCCACCCGUAUGGUCUCCCCUUCCCUGCGGUGCUUGUCUGCCUGCCUCUUGUAAGUUUCCUUGGCCCGCUCCAAGUUCAUCUUAAGUUGCUGGUGCAGGGCCUCCAUUUCUUCCACAAACUGCUCUGCAGCGGGUACGCUCCAGCUUUCCUCCCCACUCCCGGGAAGGCCCUGGGAUGACACCCAUGGUUGGCCAUGAAUGGGCUCAUUCCCGUGGACACGUGUUCCGCGUUGUUGUACGCGAAUUCAGCCAGCGCUAGUUUUCUACCCAAUCGUUCUGCCUCUCGCUGACGUAGCAGCGUAGGUAUUGCUGGAGUAUACUGUUCGCUCUUUCUGCUUGCCCGUUGGUCUCUGGGUGUCUCGCCGUCGAGAAACCCACCUCCACCUGCAGCAAGCUCAUGAGCUUCCUCCAGAACCGGGAAGUAAAUUGUUUUCCGCGGUCGGAGAUAACCCUCAAGGGGGCGCCAUGCAGCCGGAAUAUGUGCUCCACAAACAACCGGGCUGUUUCCUCUGCCGUUACAGCAUGUGAGCAAGCUAUAAAAUGGCACAUUUUUGUCAGUAGGUCGACCACUACCAUGACCGCUGUCUUUCCCGGGACUUGGGCAAAUCUGUCAUAAAUUCAAUGGAUACCACCUCCCAGGGUUUUCCCGGCGUGGGUAAGGGUUCCAGUAAUCCUGUGGGGCAGCCCGCUCCCCUUUGCCCUUUGGCAGCGGUCGCACCCCCGUACAUAUUCCCGUACAUCCUCCCUCACCCUGGGCCACCAGAACUGCCUGGUCACGAGCAUCAUGGUUUUGUGCUGUCCAAAGUGCCCUGCUGUGGGGUUGUCGUGGAGUUGUUUGAGUACCUUUCCCCUCAGGGUCUCCCCCGGUACGUACAGCGCUCCCCUAUAGUACAGUACCCCUUCCUUCUCCUCAAACCCUUCUUGGGUCCCUCUUCCGUCUCGUAGUUCCCGGAUUUUAGUUUGCGUGAACACGUCGUUUCUGGUCAGCCCGGCUAGUUCUCGUUUCCCCACCAAAGUUCCCACACACACCCAUCGGUCCUCGGGGAUCACGUGUCGUUUCUCCGGCGGCCCCUCUCCUUCCAGGUACUCCGGUUUACGCGAGAGAGCGUCUGCUCUUACGUUUUCCUCUCCGGGCACGUAUCGGAUUUCAAAGAAAAACUUGGAGAACUCCUGUGCCCAUCGAAUCUGUCUCUGGUUGAGUACUCGUGCGGUUCUCCAGUACUCCAAGUUCUUGUGAUCUGUGCAAACCUGGAUCUGUUGUUGCGCCCCUAUCAGUAGAUGACGCCAACGACGAAAGGCCGCGUAGAUCGCCAGCAGUUCGCGGUCAUACACUGUAUAGUUUUGCUCCGACUUGCUCAGUUUUCUCGAGAAAAGGCACACGGUUUCCAUUCCUGCUUGCCCCGCCCUGGCUGCAAAGGACCGCCCCUACGGCUCUGUCGGACGCGUCGGUCUCUAGCCUCAGGGGUUUCUCCAGAUCUACGUGCAGGAGUUGCUCUUCCGAUGCGAACGCCUUCUUCAGUUUUUCGAAGGAUUGCUGGGCCUCUUCUGUCCACACAAACUUCUUUUUGCUACUGAGACAAUCCGUGAUGGGCGCUGUCAAGUGGGCGAAGUUCUUGAUGAACUUCCUGUAGAAGUUGCUGAACCCUAGGAACCUCUGUACGUCCUUCCGUGUUUUGGGAGCCUUCCACUCCAGCACUGCCUGCACCUUGCUUGGGUCCAUCGCUAAGCCUUUGUCAGACAACUUGUACCCCAGAAACUCGACUUCUCUGGCGUGAAACUGACAUUUUUCCAGCUUGACCCACAACUGGUGCUUCUGCAGUCGUUGUAACACUUCCCUGACGUCUCUAACAUGUUGCUCCUCGUUGUCCGAAUAAAUUAAGACGUCGUCCAAGAAGGCUACGCAGUUCUUGUACAGCAGAGACCCCAACACGUGGUGCAUGAAAGCUUGAAAACAGGCGGAGCCCGACUGUAAUCCAAAAGGCAUAACUAAGUACUCAAAGGCACCUAGGGGUGUGAACAUUGUGGUCUUCCAUUCGUCCCCCUCCCUCAUCCUGAUCAAAUUGUAUGCGCCCCUGAGGUCCAGCUUGGUAAAAAUUUUGCCUUUCCUCACUCGCGUUAAAAUGUCGUCAAUCCUGGGCAUUGGGAAGGUCACGGGUUCUGACACCAAAUUGACAGCCCUAUAGUCCACUAUGAGCCUGGGUUUAUUUGUGUCCUUUUUGUCCACAAAGAACACCGGACUGCCCCCCACCGCCUUUGAUUCUCUUAUGAAGCCUCUUUUCAGGUUCUUGUCAAUAAAUUCUCGCAACUCCUUCAUCUCCCUGUCAGACAUGGCAUACAGCUUACCCACUGGCAGCUGAGCCCCCGGAAGCAAGUUGAUCUGGCAGUCAAAGGGCCUAUGGGGUGGCAGUCUAUCUGCCUCCUUCUCGCUGAAGACCUCCCGCAGAUCUGCGUAUUGCGGCGGCACCUCCCCUUUCCGCUCCACAGCCAUCCCAGCCACCCUGGCCACGGUCAUUCUUGGGGCUUCCCCCCCUAGACAGUGUUCCAGGCAGUAAGCUGACCCAAAGGUGACUGUCCUCUGAUGCCACGCCACCACUGGAUCAUGUUGUGCUAGCCAGCUCAUCCCUAAUAUUAUUGGGGGCCCUGCUAGUGAGGCGACGUGAAAGGCGAUGGUCUCCGAGUGCCUGGACACCCUCAUUCUCAUUGGUGGGGUCUGGUGUGUCACUUCCCCUCCUAGAAGCUCCCUGCCAUCAAUGGUGGUCACUUGCAAGGGAAAAUCCAAAGGCAGUAAGUGGAGCUGGUGCUCUAAUGCAAAGUCUUUGCUGAAGAAAUUACAUGAGCUGCCUGAAUCCAGCAUCCCUUUCACCUUGACUGGGUGCCCGUUCGGGAGUUCUAGCACCACUUCGAUGGCUAUUGCCGCCUUGGGGGUCUGGUUGGGGCACUUUUACUGGUGGCUGGCCUGGCUGCUGUGCCCCUUGAUUGGCAGCCAAGCGUUCCCGUUUCCCUGUUCCUGUUCCUUUACCACCUCCUCCUCACCCCCUGCGGCUCCCACCAUUCCUUGCCAGGCCUUUCUUUGAGGGCAGGCUCUGGCAAAAUGUCCUGGCCGCUGGCAAAGGAAACACUUCUUGGAGGUUUUCCAAUCCUUUCCCUCCUUUUGCGCCCUUCGCUGGCGCUUGAAACUUCCGCGCGCGUGCCCCAUCUAUUUCCAUUGGCUCUGCUGGCGGGGAAGGCUGCCUUGGUAUUUCAGGAAUGCGGUAGUCAUGGCAACGUUGCUCUCUCCCUUCCCGCCUCUCCUGGGCCCGCGCUUCCUGCCGCACGCCAAUCGCAAGCACAGCCUUGGUCAGCUGAUCCAUCCCCUGUGGGCGGGGUGCGCGGGAAAGUUCAUCCUUAACCGUUGGGGACAACCCCUCCUCGAAUAACAUUUGUAUGGGUUCGGAGUCCAGUUGCCACCCGAGGCGGUGAACUAUCAUGGCAAAGCGCGACCAGUAGUCCCUAACUGACUGGCUCCCCUGUUUACAGUUCAUCAGUUCCCGCUUUGUCACACUUUUUGUACAUCACUGGAAAACAUUGCGUCCAUUGCCUGGAAGAAUUUCCUCAGGUCCUGCAUGGCGGCAUUCUGCGUCGCCAUAAGGGGCCUGACCCAUUCCCUGGCCCCGUCCUGCAGGUGACCCACAAUAUAUGCCACCCGCGCCGCGUCGUCUUCAAAAUCGUCAUGCUGCAGUUCCAAUGCGUACUCUAUUUCCGUUCAAAACGCACUAUAUUCCUGCGGCUUCCCCCCAAAUUUGUGCACCAGUCCCGGUACCUUCCUUGCUAUGGGGGUGGGUCUGACCUGUGCAUCUUGAGACCGCCUUUCGUCCAGCCGCGCCGUCAGAAUGGCCACAUGCUGCUCCAACUCUCGGUUCCUCUCCACCAGCGUUUGCCCUCCAGCUGCUCCCCCCUGGGUGCUUGCUUCUCCGGGCUUGCUCAUGAUGCUGCCUGCCUGCUGCUGCGCACGAGCAACUUUCAGGGACUGACGGAUUGCUGUGAUGAGUAUGAGUUACUCGUGCGUAAACUGGUGCCUCUCUAGGCUAAUUUGCCUUGUUAAACCUUUCUGACUGCACAGCCCUUUCUAAUUGUGACUGCCUCAGUCACUGGCAGAAUCCGUCAGUGGGCGUUUCUUGAACCUCUUCCAACAUAAGAGUUGUUUGACACCCAGUCUCCUCCUCCUCUCACUGCGCGGGAGUCUUCUGCGCAGGGAGGGCGUGGGUAGCGGAGGACCUGUCCCCUCCUCACUGAGUUCCAGUGAAGAGUCCUGGAGCCCUCUCUCCGAUUCCCCCAUCUGCCCACCUUUAUCCCUGGUGUUGCGCUUAAAUGCUUCCCCCUCCACUGAGCUGUUUCUCCCCCUGCUGCUGGGUCCUUCUCCAGCAUCAUCUAGGAGCCUCCCCUUCGCCUCUCGCUCCGAUGUCAGUUCCCUGACACCAUCGUACAAUGGGAGGAAAUUUUAUUCCUGCCACAAUUAAACUAUUUGCUGCAAAACCAACAGCACAAAUGCUAUACGGCGCACCACUCGUCUCCCUCUCCAAUCUAGACCCAUACGAAAAGAUACAAUCAGGUUUCCUUAGAUCACUCCUGCAAACACCUAAAUGCGUCCCAAACGCUGCCCUACGACUGGAAGCGGGCUUAUACAGCAUCAAAACUAAAGUAUGGAUAAGAACCUUAUGCACUUGGCUAAGACUUAACAACUCGCCGGUUGGACUACUUUCCCUGAUGCUUCUUGACAAAUUCCAAUCUAGUUGGUUGAAGGGCACUCUCAGAAAAUUGGCCACGUAUGGUCUCUCCCCAGAGUAUUUAUUAAGUUUAGAAAGGGGAAGGGCCAAGAAUAUAAUCAAAGAAAGACUCAGGGACAUUGAAGCCCAAAAUGACUUUAGUCAACUUCCGAUAACUCAUAAACUCUUAUUCGAUUCCCAAAGCCCCCAUCUAGCAAACUAUCUCAAAGUUCUACAUAAUGCUAAACACCGAUGGGCAUUUACCAGGGCCCGCUUUAACGCUCUCCCUUCAGCUUUUCUAGAGGGAAGAUACAACAAAAUACCGAUUGAACAAAGAUUAUGUCCCUGUAACAGCAACGAAAUUGAAACCAUCGGGCAUGUCAUCUUAUAUUGCCCAUUAUAUCGAGACUCAAGAAAAGAGCUGGUCGAGCCGAUUCUGAGGAAAAUACCUCGUAGUACAGACGACACCUAUAUCAGACACCUCUUAGCUGACAAAGACCCCGAAAUCAACAGGCCUGUGGCGAAGUACUGUUACAUUGCAAAAAGAAUAAGACGAGCAAUGAUGACAGCAACAGAGUUCAAAUUGCAAACAUCGAAGGAACGAUAAUAAACAGUAGUGACAUUUGAAUUGAAUCCUUAAAACCUUAAAAGUCGAAACCUGGUCAUAAACAUAAGUACCAAUUUUGUGAUUUGGCCAUAUCUCCACUGUUAUCUGUAGUACAAUAAGACUUAUAUUGCCAUAUUUUACUUUAUAAAUUGCUUGCUGGUCAUUGACCGUAUUAAAGAUAUUUGAUUUGAUUUGAUUUGAUUUGAUCCUGUUUUCUGCUUUCUUACAGACUCAAGUACAUCUGUGUGAUAAUCUUCAGUUUAUGUGUUGUAUUCUAUGUCUCCAUGAUGAAAGGGCGGCUAACUGAUAUCAAACUGGGGUGGGAUGAAACUCCAUUGUCCUUGAAGCUUUUGCCAGAAGAAAAAUACAAGUCCAUGUUCUUGUUUGAUGGAAUUUGGUAAGCUCUGCAAACGCAAUUUCUUAUUUUUAAAGUUUUUUUCUUUCUUUUUUAAGGCAUGAGACCAGGGAAAUCCAACUCUCCCUCACUUUGGAAUCCCAAAUCUUUCAGUUUAAAUGUUGCUUUUUACUGUGUGAUUAAGCCAAUGUUGAUGCUAGGCUAUUCUCCACCCAAGUCUAACUACUUGUGACCCCUGCUCAGUUUCCCCCCCUGCUAACUUCAGUUUUCAAAUCAGGUGUCUUGUUAAAAAAAGAAAAGAAAAGAAAAGAAAAGAAAAGAAAAGCACAAAACUUAAAACUGCUAAAUUUAUUUUGAAUUGCAAGAAUAAGUAAUGCAACAAUCUUUCAUUAUAUUUCUCAAAUGCAAAAGGAAAUAUUUUAGCACAGAGAUAAUUUUGAAUAAUCUUAUGAAUUGUGAUGGUUUCUCUCUUUAUCGGCCACAGCUCACUAGAGAAAUGAAUACAUUUUUAAAAAUAAGAUUAAGAUGUGACUAAGAUUUAAAAUUAGGUGCAUUUUCACUUUUAACGUAUACAUUGCAUAACCAACAAUCAACUCUACGGUCUAUUUCAUAUAUGCAGAAAAAGACGAUUCUAAUUAUUAAUCACUUCAAAAAUUAUAUUUUACUUUUUAUAUUUGGGAGAAUUUCAUCAGAAAUUUAUAAAAUAUGACAAAAACUACAUACAUAAAAAGAAUUCUAAUUGUGGAUUACUUUUAAAAUUAUGAUAUUCUUCAAAAUAUGAAGUAAAGUAACAGAAACGUAUGAAAUAUAACAAAAACUAAUCGGUAUAAAACUGUACCCCUCAAAGGUUGGUACUGCAACCCUCUGAGUUCUAUAUCAUAGGCACCAACCGUGGAUGAAACUGUUAUAUUUACUACGUUAAAAAGGUAAAGGACCCCUGGAUGGUUAAGUCCAGUCAAAGGUGACUAUGGGGUUGCGAUGCUCAUCUCGCUUUCAGGCCAAGGGAGCCGGCAUUUGUCCACAGACAGCUUUCCGGGUUGUGUGGCCAGCAGGACCAAACUGUUUCUGAUGCUGCAGUUGCUACUCAGAAUGGUGGUCUGUGGGCAGCGACAUCAGCUGCUGGUCCCUGGUUAUUUUACCACAAUCCAGGUUAGAUGGUAUGCUUAAGGGUACCAGACCCUGCAGUUGGAGGGAGGUGGGGUUUGCUGGUCCACCACAUCAGAAAGCUUCAGAAACACUGAUUUACUGGAAAGGAGGAGCACUUGCUUCAAACUUGCUUCAAAGGAAUAAGCUGUUACACUUCUACAGUAGAGUUAACAACUUAUUCCUUUGAAGCAAGUUUUCAGCCCAUCACAAGUGCUUCAUUCAGGCCUUCCUUUUGGUGUACAGUGACAGUCAGCUUGUUUGUUUAAUACAGUGGACCCUCGGGUUACGUACUGCUCUGUAUACGUAAUUUUCGGGUUGCGAAAGUGGCAAACCCAGAAGUGUAUUCUUCUGGGUUUUGACACUCGCGCAUGCGCGGAAGCGGCACUUCUGGUGACAGAUUUUUCGGGGUGGGGUUUAAGUUGUGGGUUGACAUAGCACAGUGUUCCCCAACCUUGGGCCUCCAGCUGUUUUUGGACUACAACUCCCAUCAUCCCUCGCUAGCAAGACCAGUGGUCAAGGAUGAUGGGAGUUGUAGUCCAAAAACGGCUGGAGGCCCAAGGUUGGGGAACACUGACAUAGCAGACGACACAGAGAUAUCUCCAAGUAGUUCUUUAUAAGUAAGCUGGAACUGAACUGAACAGCAAACAGCUCAGCCGGCCUGCUUUUAUAGGCAGCCGACUGUCAACAUUGUAACAACAACAAGCCAGAGUUUCCCGCCUAAAUUAACUUACUUGGACCUGAGUGAAAACUAUAUACACAAUACUCCUGGUGGCCAGGGUGAGAACUUCAAUACGUAAUACACACGGACCCCCAAAACGAAUUACAUUUGUAACCAGAGGGUCCACUGUAUAGUAUACCCGAAGGAGCGUCUCCACCCCCAUCGUUCAGCCCACACACUGAGGUCCAGCUCCGAGGGCCUUCUGGCGGUUCCCUCCCUGUGAGAAGUGAGGUUGCAGGGAACCAGGCAGAGGGCCCUCUCAGUAGUGGUGCCCACCCUGUGGAACGCCCUCCAUCAGAUGUCAAGGAAAUAAACAACUAUCUGACUUUUAGAAGACAUCUGAAGACAUCUGUUUAGGGAAGUUUUUAAUGUUUGAAGUUUUAUCAUGUUUUUAAUAUUCUGUUGGGAGCCCCCCAGAGUGGCUAGGGAAACCCAGCCAAAUGGGCGGGAUAUAAAUAAAUUAUUAUUAUUAUUAUUAUUAUUAUUAUUAUUAUUACUACUACUACUACUACUACUACUACUACUUGCUUCAGACUUGCUUCAAAGGAAUAAGCUGUUACACUUCUACAGCACAGUUAACAAUUUAUUCCUUUAAAGCAAGUUUUCAGCCCAUCACAAGCACUGCAGGCCUUCCUCUUCCUCCUUGGUGUACGGUGACUGUCAGCUUGUUUUAUUACAGUGGUACCUCAUGUUAAGUACUUCAUUCGUUCCAGAGGUCCAUUCUUAACCUGAAACUGUUCUUAACCUUAAGCACCACUUUAGCUAAUGGGGCCUCCCACUGCUGCCGCGCCACCGGAGCACGAUUUCUGUUCUCAUCCUGAAGCAAAGUUCUUAACCCAAGGUACUAUUUCUGGGUUAGUGGAGUCUGUAACCUGAAGCUUAUGUAACCUGAAGAGUAUGUAACCCGAGGUACCACUGUAUUUUCAAACUUUAUUAAGUCAAAACACAGCUCUGACUCUCAGCUUCUGCCUCCCAACUCCUAGCUUGCUUUCGGCUCACGCGGCCGCUGGCUUUUGUCCUUCUCACUUCCAGUCAGGGGAAGGAGGGACACUUCACAAGCUUCCGAAGAAACUUGCUUGACUGGUUGAGCAAUGGAAUCCUCCAUUCAAUUUUAACCAUUGCAAUAUCCGGGACCCCAGGAAUUGGAAAGGACGUUGGCAUCAUGCAGACCAAACACAGCCCUGCCCCCAAAAUCGCAGCAGUGUCAUAAAUUUGUCAUUGACUUCCUGGUGAGGCAAUAGUUUCUGGUGAUGAAUAUGCAUCCGAUAAGCUCACUUUGCUGGUUGCUCCCUGGCACGUUAGGAUUUUUAUAUCGGCUAUCAUAGAAGCAUUUGGAUCUAAGUGACUCCUAUGCUCUUGUUUUGGUAUUAAUAUUUUAUUGAAAUAAUGUCAAUUAUGAAGAUAUAAAGUGAUACCGGGGUGGGGGGCAGAGGGAGAAAAAUAAGGAAAGAAAAAAGUACAAAAAUGUGUGGAAAGGAACAAUAUGCAAAAACGCAAUGUAAUGUACACCCAUACAUUCUUAUAUAAAUAUAUAUGAUGUUAUUAUCCUAGUACCUAUGUAGAUAAUAAUAGUCUACUACACUCUGUAUAAACUCAUUCCAAAUGUUGUCGUAUUUAUCCAAAGCCUGCGUCUGUAAGCAUAAGUCUGUUCAUAAGUUGCGAGUGUUGUCAUAUAGACAGUAUAUUCCAUAUCUUUCUAACUGAGUUCGUCGUUUCCAGAGUCGCCUGGGAUUUCAAAUAUUUUGAUCCUAGUAUUGUCCAACCAACUAAAGGUAUAUUCUAGCGUUGUCCAUGUCAAAAAAUUAAGACCAGCAAUGGGUUUCCAAUAUUUAAUACUUGGUAUAGUGGUGUAGUUCCAAAUUCUUGAAUUUGUUACUGCAUUCUCUGCAGGGAUAUUCUUGGUGUUGUUGAGCCCCAAAGACAUUUCCUAAACAGGCACUUUAUCUUUUGGAAAUAUGAUCCGGAUAUAAAAACUGGAAGUCAUUUCAGAAUAUAAAUAAAUCUGGGAAUAAUACUCAUGCAUUCACCCUUGCCCAAAGGGUAAAGUUCAAUGACUCCCACCUAUCAAUAUCUGAAUCAUAGAAUCAUAGAAUAGAAUCAUAGAAUCAUAGAGUUGGAAGAGACCACAAGGGCCAUCGAGUCCAACCCCCUGCCAAGCAGGAAACACCACCAGAGCACUCCUGACAUAUGGUUGUCAAGCCUCUGCUUAAAGACCUCCAAAGAAGGAGACUCCACCACACUCCUUGGCAGCAAAUUCCACUGUCGAACAGCUCUUACUGUCAGGAAGUUCUUCCUAAUGUUUAGGUGGAAUCUUCUUUCUUGUAGUUUGGAUCCAUUGCUCCGUGUCCGCUUCUCUGGAGCAGCAGAAAACAACCUGAAGAAACAAUCUGAAGAAACCUCUUUUAUUAAUUUAUAUUACCUGUGACUGUGUUAUAUCUCUUGGUAUUAACAUACCUAGAUAUUUAAUAGAUUUGGAACAAAUCCAGAAUUUAUGCCAAAAUCUGAUUACACAUUCAUUCAAGGAAUAGCGACUCCUGUGCUGUUCUUGUUGUGAUUGGGAAUUCGUAAAUAUUGUUCGUGUAUUUUUGUAUACACUCAAAGCUGGUUUGGAAACCAGAGUUUUCAGUUCUAUUCUGAGUUUGCUUUAUUUAUUUGUACUUCAUUCAGUUUAUUACAAUUAAAUACAUCAUACCAGAUGGGGAAUGGGGAUGUCUGGUGCCCAGUAUCAGAAACAAAAGGGUUGGAAAGAAAAAGGCAAAAUCUGAACAAGACAGUGCUUUUUUUAAAGUGUCUCCAGCUACAAUUAAGCAAAAGUAGUUCCAAAAUCAAACUGAGACUGAAACUGAAAUGACAGUUUUGCAUACUGCCUCAGAAGUUGAACAGUUUUCAGAAAGUAACUUGGCCCUAGAAUACAAACCAAAUUAAGUUCUUCAGGAUCAAGAAUUGAAACUCUACGCAUCUGAAAAUGCUAUAAUGCCAGGGUGUGUCAGAGGUUGCCUGAGCUCUUAUAUCCCAGCUUGAUCACAGAGAUCACUGGCAGAAAUGUCAUCAGUGAGGCUCAUUUGACAACAGCAAGAAAAUGAGCCUUUAGUGCAGGGGUAGGCAACCUAAGGCCCAGGGGCCGGGUGCGGCCCAAUCGCCUUCUCAAUCUGGCCCAUGGACGGUCCAGGAUUCAGCAUGUUUUUACAUGAGUAGAAUGUGUCCUUUUAUUUAAAAUGCAUCUCUGGGUUAUUUGUGGGGCCUGCCUGGUGUUUUUACGAGUAGAAUGUGUGCUUUUAUUUAAAAUGCAUCUCUGUGUUAUUUGUGGGGUCUGCCUGGUGUUUUUACAUGAGUAGAAUGUGUGCUUUUAUUUAAAAUGCAUCUCUGGGUUAUUUGUGGGGCAUAGGAAUUCGUUCAUUCCCCCUCCCCCCCAAAAAAUAUAUAGUCUGGCCCACCACAUGGUCUGAGGGAUUGUGGACCAGCCCCCUGCUGAAAAAGGUUGCUGACCCCUGCUUUAGUGUAUUCAGCCCAAUCCUGUGCGAUACUCUGCCAAUAAAUUCAGGAAGAACUUUCUGUGCCAACUUUUAAUUGCCUGCUGAAAACCUCUGUUCCUCCAGGCAAUAAAGACUGCACCUUCUGCAACGGCUACUUGAAAUCUGUUUUCACCUUUUAAUGGUUUUUAUUGCACGGUUUUGUGUUUUUAUUGCUGUAAUGCUCACCAGAUGGUGGACGAGGUUUGUGGCCCAGCGCAUGGCCCCACCGUCCUCCCGAAGCCCUGCCGCUUUGCUACGCCCCCCUUGGCCAUCGCGGUCCCUUCUGGGUUUCCGCCAAAACCCAAUUUCAAAUUGACCAAUCCGCAGUGGCUGGUGGGGAGGGGCAGAGGAGCAGUCUGUGAUUGAGCAGGCUUCUCAAUAGUCCACUCCAAAGAUUUAAAAGGGGGCCGGAACCGACUCCAGUGGCGCAGUCAACCCUUGAGCAUCAUCACCCACUAGGCCCUCCCUCUAAUUGUACCCUUUCUUACAGGCUAACCUUUCUCCUUUCCGGGUACAUGGGUGUUGCUACAUUCGGUUGCUGUUUUUUUCAGAACGGGGAAGGAAUUUUUCCUGCUCUGCAGGUUUUGCCUUCCCCGUAGCAAUUGUCACAACUCUGGCGGUUUUAGGCCUUGGGUGGAAACCUUUAGUCCAACAAUUGAAGGGGUGGUGUGGUGACUUUCUCCUUUUGCAGAGGCGAUAUCGGGGUUCCCCGUUAAAGGGAUCUUGAGGGGAGUCUCUGACCACAAAUGCAUAGCACUGGGCCAUAGAAUUUACUUCAGCAACGCGGAAGGUGGGCUAGCUGUGUAAAUGCACAUUUUGCAGUGUCCCCAUGUUCCCAACUGACCCUGUCUUGCCUCAGACCCCCAACAGAGAGAACACAGCGAGGGGCUGAGAGGAAUACACACCCAAUGCCUAGGCCAAGGUUUCCUGCGUCUGAAAUUUUAAUAAAGUUGUGGCCAUUUUAAUCCCAAAUAUAUUGUCAUGUGAUUUCCUUGAUCCGAGGUUUGGCUUCCAGAGGGUGGGUGGGACUGCGCCCUGGCAAGCAAACCGCUUCAACAUAUUUUUGCGUAUAUUUUUUAUAAAAGAACUUGUAAUUUGAACUACAGCGAUCCUGCCACUUGGCCUAAUUUUCUGAACAAAUGUGAUGGCCAUGUGCAACCAAUUUUGGUGGGAUUUUGGUGGACUUCCAUAAGAUAAUCAUAAAAGAAAAUUCUCCAUCUAUCUUUCUACACGGAGAGUUGCCAUUGGAGAAAUUAUAAUAAUGGCCAAUAGUUUCAGUGUUCCCUGCCAAAGAACUGUGUGUUCUUUUUUGUUGUUGUUGUUGCAAACUGUUCUUGUAGCAUUUCUGGAACAUACAAAUAUGUAUUUAAUAUAAGAACAUUUUUCUUAAAUUCUCUCUAAGUUUUAUACUUUGUGGACAAUUCCUUUUAUUUUAUACGAUUUCAAGCACGGUUGGGUCUCCUUACAAUGUAAGAUGUUGUGCAGCUAUUCACAAAAAGUAACUUUAUUUUAUAUUAAUAGCCCAUAACUUUUAUUAUUUUUCUCCGUUCUCUCCUGCUUGCCUCUCUCCACCCUGUCCAAAACAGGCUAGGACCAAAAAACCGCUGCGAGUGUGUCGGAGCCAAAAAGCUGACAGUCUAUCAGUUGGGGAACUAUAUUGAUAAGGAUAAGCUUGCUGCUGUCACAGAAAGGCGCGAGAAGGAAUUUGUGGAUUAUCAGCGAAGGUAAUGUUAACUUACCCACGUGAACCAGAACUGCAUUUUCAAGAACUUUACAACAUAACUGCAAGGGUUGUGGUGGGUCAUAAGGGUUAUCUUCAUGGAUUCGACCAGGGAUGGGGAACCUGUGUUCACCCGCCUCCCUGCUGAAAUAUGUUAUUGUACUCUAGCUCCCAUCAGCCCCAGCUGGCAUGGUUGAUGUUCUGGGAUGGAGGCAAUCACAUCUGGAGUGUUACAGGUUCCCCAUAUCUGGAUUAGGCAAAAAAAAUGUUGUUGUCUCUACAUCAGAUUAUUAGAGGACCAUGCAGUACUUUCCCAAAAGCUUCAGUUCCUUGAAGUUAUAGUUAACUUGGUCUCCCAUAUAAAUGCCACUUUCCCCAGCAGCAACAGCAUCUCAAAAUAAAACCUGGACCACAGUUAAAAGCCUCUUGAAAUCAACGUAAUUCAUUUGCACUCUUCCUUGAAACGAAUGCUCUUUUACAAAUGUGUGUACCCAAAUCAAAAUCCAGCGGCUAUCAUAGCAUCUGAUGACAUUCAGUUCUAAAAGUUAGUAGUACUGAAAGUUAAUUUCUCAUGCUUUUGGAUGCAAACUUCCAUCAUCCCCAACCAACGUUGAGACAUGCUUGAGGGAACUGAGAUAAUGGAGAAGAUUUGGCUUAGUUCUCCUUAUUUACGCACCCCUUUUCAUUUUUCAAAAUUAAUGAACUUUUUUUUGCAAAUUUAUAAAGAAAGAGAUAUAUAAAAGAGUAUAGUAAAAGCUAUGGUUUUCCCAGUAGUGAUGGAUGGAAGUGAGAGCUGGACCAUAAAGAAGGCUGAUCGCCGAAGAAUUGAUGCCUUUGAAUUAUGGUGCCGGAGGAGACUCUUGAGAGUCCCAUGGAUUGCAAGAAGAUCAAACCUCUCCAUUCUGAAGGAAAUCAGCCCUGAGUGCUCACUGGAAGGACAGAUCGUGAAGCUGAGGCUCCAGUACUUUGGCCAUCUCAUGAGAAGAGAAGACUCCCUGGAAAAGACCCUGAUGUUGGGAAAGAUUGAGGGCAGAAGGAGAAGGGGACGACAGAGGACGAGAUGGUUGGACAGUGUUCUCAAAGCUGCUAGCAUGAGUUUGACCAAACUGCGGGAGGCAGUGGAAGACAGAAGUGCCUGGCGUGCUCUGGUCCAUGGGGUCACGAAGAAUCGGACAUGACUAAGCGACUAAAAAACGAACAGAAAGAGAAAGCAGGAGAAGGGGGAAACAGGGAGAGGAAAAACCCACUGGUUUGCAAUAACAAAUACAAUUAGCAUCUCUACGUCCAUCUUACGUUACACAUACAAACUGAUAUACGCCAUCCAAAUGUCCUUGUAGGUAGCCAAAUGAAAUUGAGGUGGCUUGUAACAAUGCUUUCUAUAAACACCAAUCCCCACAGCAGAGCGGCAUUCCAAGAGUCUGGGCGCUCACUCAGGGUUCAUGUUUCCUUUGGAAAUGAGGCACAGCGGAGACCGGGGUGUCUUUAGUAUAUAUGGUUUAUUUACACACAUAUACAACCUGAGCCUAUAAUGGAGGAGCUUACAGCGUUACACCCCAGGAGGGUUCCGUUUCUCCCAUUCCUGCAGCCUUGAAUUCCAACUGCUGCCCCCCCUCUUCAGCUUGCUGCGUUUACCAAAAUGCACCAUUUCACAUUACAGAGAAACUGUAAUCUUAAACCUCUACUACGACUGCUACUCACCUUUGUCUCUGCUAAAUAACACAGAGUUCAGGGAGGAGGGGCCGCACCCCUUUGCCAUCUUGGCUCAUGGCUCUGCUGCCUGUCUUUGGUCCCUUCUAAUGGCCCAUUUUCUCCCAAGCAAUUUCCUGGUAGGGGGCAGGAAACCUGGCCUGUGUUUUGACACUGUUAAAUUCAGCACCUGGCAGCCUGUCUUAAUACUCCAAGCAUUGGUUAACACCCACUAGAUCCAGCACCAUUAGAGAGAGGAAUUUAGCCGUUGGGUGAGUCAAGGCACACGCAAACCCAUCAUAAUAUGUUCACAUGUAGCAAGGGCAUUUAGUUCUUCAGUCCAUUGUGUAAUAGGUGGCGAAGGUUUAUCCUUCCAGGCCUGAAGUACUGAGUCUCUCUUGUGGAAAAUGUGGCUGACAACUCCUGAGGCAAAGGUGUGUUAGUCAUGAGGGACUGUGGGUGCUCUUGUGCUGGUUAUAGGAUUCCCAGAGAGACGUUGUGAGAACAGCAUGUUGUAUUAGCUGGAACAUGGGCCACAUUCACAAUAUAUAUUUCAAGCACUAAUCAUACCCUGCAAUGAAAACAGGGACGUCCUUUUACUAUUACUAUUUUACUAUUAUUAUUCCCCACCCAUCUGACUGGGUUGCUCCAGCUGCUCUGGGCAGCUUCCAACAUGUAUAAAAACACAAUAAGACAUUAAACAAAGUUGAACAUACCCUAUGCAGGGCUCCGUUCAGAUGUCUUCUAAAGGUUGUCUAGUUACUUAUCUCAUUGACUCGAGGGUUGCAUAACUCCAUACCUUCCAACAUUUUUUCGAUGAAAAUAGGAAAAACAGAGGGACAUGGGUGGUGCUGUGGGUUAAACCACAGAGCCUAGGACUUGCCAAUCAGAAGGUCGGCGGUUCGAAUCCCCACGACGGGGUGAGCUCCCGUUGCUCGGUCCCUGCUCCUGCCAACCUAGCAGUUCAAAAGCACCUCAAAGUCCCUUGCCGAUUAUGCCACAUUAACAGUUAUGGCUCUCCCUCCCCCCACCCCCCAAUUCUGAGAGCUGUAGUUCAUUAAGGCUGCUGAGAGUAGUCAGGAGACCCCUGUUCCCCUCACAGAGCUACAAUUCCCAGAGGGAUUUUUUGUCAAACCACUAUGCCUGAGGAGAAUUCUGUGGGGGGGAAAUAACUCUUUGCGGCUGUUUACACAUUUGCAUAUAUUCCAUAUCUCACACAUUCCCACCUCUAAUUUGGAAAGUGGUGCAUGCAUGUCGCUAAGCACAAUAAAUAUGUAACUUGCCUUGCCUUGUGAAAUACUGUGUUCUGUCGCAUUUUCCCACAAAUCGCCUUCAAUCCUACUUGAGAAAAAGAAUGGCCUGGCUGUGUUUAAAGUUGUCAGUUUCUAUGCAGCCUUUGUUAUGAUCUAUAGUUGGACCUAGUCGCUGUAUUGUGAUGUUGUUCAAGCCUGCAAGUUAAGUAUCCCAGAGAAAACGGGGCCAGUUGCUCUGCUCAAAGUGUGUAUUUUGGGCAGGUGGGCUAUUUUUUAUUUUACUUUUUAAAGAAAAAGUUUCCUUACCUGUGAUUCCCACACUCGCAACAUGGCUUCUGAAGACUCAAGUCCUGUCUCUUUGCUUUGACCUAGGUAUCCCCUCGAGACAAAAGAUGUCCUUAUUGCUCAGCCAAACACUCCUUUAAGCUAUCCGAUUCAAGGAGCUGAGGUGAUGCCUUUGCACACCAUGGUAAUUCCAGGUAUGUUGACAGACGUAGCUGAAUGACAUUUGGAAACAUUAAACAGUUAAUAAAGGUUAUUGACCUAAGGCAGGGGUCAGCAAACUUUUUUUUGGGAAGGGAAAAAUGGCACUUCCGGGGGGAAAAUAACGAUAAAAAAAUUAACAAACAGAAUCGCCAAUCCACGGAACGUCCGUGGGCCAGAUCCGGAGGGCAAUUGGCCCGGAUCUGGCCUGCGGACCGUAGUUAGCCAACCCCUGACCUAAGGCUUUAGCUGGUUCUGUACUGCAGAAAUUCUAAGUUGACUAGUUGACAUUUCACUUGGUAUCAAGGAGACCACAGACAGGGCACCCAUACCAUGUGUGUCUGUGUUCCUUAAUACAGAACAAACAGUUCUUUAAUACUGAACAAGCAAACAUGUCACACAAAGCCCUCUGUCUGGUGUUCGGUUUUAGGUCCUCUUGGCAUCUAAGGAGCCUGUGAUUGGCAAACUGAGGCAAGAGAGUGAAAAAUUAGACAAGCAGUUCAAAGGUCACAGAAAUGCUAGUGUUCACAAACUGAAACAAUUUUAUUUCCUUUCAAACUUUUGGACACAGUGGCCACUUUCCUUAAGAGUGCUUAUAGCUUUUUGUCUUCUUAGCAUGCUGGUUUGGGCUCAAUUGUUUCUUUCUUGGGAGAGUAUUGCAGCCAACUCCGUAAAUCAAGCUUUGCUGGACUUGUUGGGGUGUGGGGGACGAAAAAUUGGAAGAGUGUUAAUGCCAGACCUGUGCUUGCUUUUGUUCUUAAAGGGCUUGGUUUCCAUGGAGCAAGUACAGAAAACCUCCAGGUAACUUUGUGUUUUCAUUAAUUUUUUAUUUUUUUUUUGAAAUGAUUUUUAUUAACCGGCCAAUCAAAUCAAAUUAAAUCACAUCACAUAAAUUCCGAAUUACAAAGCCGAAUUUUAAAUUUUGUUGAGGGGACCCAUCUUUCAAGAUCCGAAGGGGGAUUCUGAUCAUCUUCUUGCUACUGCAUUAAUGUCCAAAUCAGUCCAAAUCAGUCCAAACAGAGUUCAUAAUUCUAUCCAGUCUUAUCUUGCUGUUUCCACAUCACAUCUUGUUCAUAUAUUUUCUCUUUUUCCUUUAUGAUCUCUUCUGAUAGUCUCCUUAAGCCGAUAAACACCAAUAAUAAUCCUGUGUGAAUUUUCCGUUCUUCCAAUCCUUAAAUCGAGAUGGUUUCCAUAUAACAUCGCCUUCAUAGAUAACAUUGCUCUUUCCAUCAUUCAUUACAGAACUGUCGAUCUUAAGUCCCUCUGAGGAGUUUCAUCCACAAUAUAAAAACAGCUCUAUUUCUCUAUUUCUCCUCUCAGACUUAAGUCCUCCGACAGAACUUCCCAAUAUGGCAACGAUAUUUUUAACUGCGUCAUUCCAAAGCCCUUAUACAUUCCACACUCUUCUUAAAACAUGCUUUGGUUUGAAAGUUUAUCUCCACACAGCGUUAAAUCCACAGCUUAAGUCCUUAAAUCGACAUUCCUGACUUGUGGGGGGGGGGAUUCUUGUUUAAUCACAUAAAAGAAAGAAAGGAAAGUUUUUUCCCCUCCCCCAUCAGCCCCUUUGCCAUACCGAGUCUUGGCGUAUCUUCUCAUAAUCUAUGCUUGUUCCUCCGACUCGUCUUGAUUUAUCAGAGAUCUCUUCUGUUAGCAAUCUUUGCUCCCCCUCCUUCCUCGAAAUAUGUGCAUUCCUUCAUCCAAAUUGUUUCUUUUGAAGUUCUUGCAGCUAGUGGCACGAAUCAGAGAUGGCGUCCAGGAGCGCCGAAAUCCCACAGGAGGGCUUUGUGCCUAGUGCCCCCAUCCCCACAAAUUCGGGGGUGGUAUAGGGCACAGCAGGCAAGGGCAGUCCCCCCCACCAUCCUGGGGGGGUAGGGAGGCUAAUUACUCCCAUCAUAGCCUCCAAAAUACCCCGUGUGGGUUGGAGAGAUGUUAUUGUCAGCCAUCUUCUGAUGCGCCCCCUAGUGGCCCCCUGUGUUUUCAUUAAUUAUGUUUCAUUAUAUAUAUAUAUUUUAAAUGAUAUUUAUUAAGGUUUCAAAGAAAAAAAUUACAUAGAUAAAAAGAAAAUAAAAUAAAACAGAAAUAAGAAUAAAAGAAAAAUACAAAAUACAAAAAAAGAUAAAAAACACAUCAAUCUUUCCACCUUACAUUCAUUUCCUUGCUUCCCUGACCUCCUCACACCUCCCUUUUUUGUAUUCCAAUUCAGUUAGUUAAUUCAGCAAUUUCUUUCCCUCUUUGUUUUUAUCUUAAUCCUUUAACUUAAUAUAUUAUAACUUUGGAUUCUCACCUGUUAAUAAUCCAUUUUUACAUACACCUUUAUAACAUUGCUGCUUAAACCACUUAACUUCAUUCUGACAUCAUUCUAACAUUCAUUAAUUUUGCAAUAUUUCUGUAAAUAAUCUUUAAAUUUCUUCCAAUCUUCUUCCACCGACUCUUCUCCCUGGUCUCAGAUUCUGCCAGUCAUUUCCGCCAAUUCCAUGUAGUCCAUCACCUUCAUCUGCCAUUCUUCCAGAGUGGGUAGAUCUUGUGUCUUCCAAUACUUUGCAAUAAGUAUUCUUGCUGCUGUUGUGGCAUACAUAAAGAAAGUUCUGUCCUUCUUUGGCACCAUUUGGCCGACCAUGCCCAGGAGAAAGGCCUCUGGUUUCUUCAGAAAGGUAUAUUUAAAUACCCUUUUCAUUUCAUUAUAAAUCAUCUCCCAGAAAGCCUUAAUCCUUGGGCACGUCCACCAAAGGUGAAAGAAUGUACCUUCAGUCUCUUUACAUUUCCAACAUUUAUUAUCGGGCAAAUGAUAAAUUUUUGCAAGCUUGACUGGUGUCAUGUACCACCUGUAUAUCAUUUUCAUAAUAUUCUCUCUUAAGGCAUUACAUGCCAUAAACUUCAUACCUGUGGUCCAUAACUGUUCCCAGUCAGCCAUCAUUAUGUUAUGUCCAACUUAAAUCCUGCAACUUGACCAAAUUCUGAUGUCCAGACAUUAAACAAUGCUUUCCUGACAAUAUGGUUUUUAAAUGCUUUAUGUGCUUUGACCUUAUCAUACCACAAAUAUGCAUGCCAUCCAAAUACAUUAUUAAAACCUUCUAAAUCCAAAAUGUCUGUGUUUUCAAGAAGCAGCCAUUCUUUCAACCAGCAAAAAGCUGCUGAUUCAUAAUAAAGUUUAAGGUCUGGCAGGGCAAAUCCACCUCUUUCCUUUGCAUCCGUUAGUAUUUUAAAUUUUAUUCUAGGCUUCUUGCCCUGCCAGACAAAUCUAGAGAUAUCUCUCUGCCACUUCUUGAAACAGUCCAUUUUGUCCAAAAUUUGCAGUGUUUGAAACAGAAACAACAAUCUAGGUAAUACAUUCAUUUUUAUUGCAGCAAUACGGCCUAGCAGUGAAAGCUUCAAAUUUGACCAAAUUUCUAAGUCUUUUUUCACUUCAGCCCAGCAUUUUUCAUAAUUGUCUUUGAAUAGAUUCCCAUUUUUUGCUGUCAUGUUAAUCCCCAGGUAUUUCACUUUCUUAACCACUGUUAAACCUGUCUCAUUCUGAAACCUCUCUCUCUCAAUCGAUGUUAAAUUUUUCUCUAAGACCUUAGUUUUUAACUUAUUCAGUUUGAAUCCUGCAGCCUGACCGAAUUCUUGAAUCAGUUCCAAAACCCUUUUAGUACUAGAUUCUGGCUCCUGUAACGUCAAUACUAAGUCAUCUGCAAAUGCUCUUAACUUGUACUCCGACUUAUACCCCUUUAACCAAUUGGUCCCUUCUAAUCAUAUUCAGCAGGACCUCCAGGACCGAUAUAAAAAGCAAUGGGGAGAUUGGGCAACCUUGUCGUGUCCCUUUUUCUAUCUUAAAUUCUUCCGUCACCACGUUAUUUACAAUUAAUUUAGCCUUUUGUUCUGAAUAAAUUGCACUUAUACCGUUUUCAAAGCCUUGGCCUACCCCCAUCCCCUGUAGGUUCUUCUUCAUAAAACUCCAAGAAAUGUUGUCAAAAGCUUUCUCCGCGUCCACAAAUAUCAAAACUGCCUUAGUAUUUAUGUUCACUUGUAAUUUUUCUAAAAUAUUAAUUAUAUUUCUCACAUUAUCCGACAAAUGUCUACCUGGGAGAAAGCCAGCUUGGUCUUUAUGAAUCUCUUCCAUUAACACUUUUUUUAGUCUUUUAGCCAAAAUGUCUGCAAAGAUUUUGUAAUCCACAUUGAGCAAUGAUAUGGGGCGGUAGUUCUUUAGCUGCGUCUUUUCAGUCUCUGUUUUCGGUACAAGUGUAAUAUACGCUUCUUUCCACGACUCUGGUGCCCUUUUCCCACCCAUAAUUUCAUUACAGACUUCCCUCAAAGGUUGUACUAACCAUUCUUUUCAGGAUCUGUAGUAUUUAGAAGUCAGUCCAUCCGGUCCUGGAGAUUUACCUAGUUGCAUAUUCUGAAUGGCACCUUCUACCUCCUGUUCAGUUAUUUUAUAGUUCAGCAUUAAUUUAUUUUCCUGAGAGAUUUUUUGUAAUCCAUUUGUUUUCAAAAAUCGAUCUAAAUCAAUUUCUUUCUGUGGUCCUUGUGUAUAUAGUUGUUUAAAGUACCUCUGGAAACAGUUUCUAAUCUCAGCUGGGUUCUGUAUGUUCCUUCCUUCCACUUCUAAAUUUGUAACCGUAUUUAAUUUUUGUCCUUUUUUCAUUUGCCAAGCCAACAAUUUCCCACAUUUAUUAGCCGACUCAAAUGUCUUUUGUCUCAUUUGUUUGAUUUUCCAUUCUAUCUCCUUAUUCAUCAUUUUCAUAUAUUGUACUUGAUGUAAUUUUAAUUUUCUCAAAAUCUCUUGCGACUUUGGUUUUGCUCUCAAUUUCUUUUCAGUUUCUUUUAUUUUCUCCAAUAUUUUAUCCUUCUUCUCAUUUUGGAUUCUCUUCUUUAAUGCGUUCUGUUGUAUCAAGAACCCUCUCAUAACAGCUUUGCUUGCGUCCCAGAUUACUCUUUUUUCCACAUUGGUAUUCAUAUUUAUCUCAAAAUAAUCUCUCAAGGUUUUUUGGGCCUUCUUAAACACUUCUUCAUCUCUGAAUAAGGUGUCAUUCAUCCUCCAUCUGAAGGAACCAGUUGGUAUUGGUUUCAUCUCCAUCUUCACAGCAUUAUGGUCGGAGCAGGUUUUUGGGCAGAUUUCCACUUUUCUUGUCUUUGGUGCCAUUCCUCUAGUUACCCAUAUUUGGUCAAUUCUUGUCCAUGUCAGUUUGGCUCCAGAGAAGAAGGUUCCCUCUCUAGCCAAGGGAUUCUUUGUUCUCCAGAUAUCAACUAGGUCCAAGUUGUCUGUCAUCUCAAAAAAGGUUUUCGGUAGUCUGCCGUCCUUAGUGACUACCUGUCUUUGUGCCUUGUCCAUAUGCGUAGAUACCACUCCGUUCAUGUCUCCCAUCAAAAUCACAUUAUAAUCCACAUAGUCCAUCAAGGUCUCAUGCAACUUUUUAAAGAAUUCAGAUUUCCCCUCAUUUGGUGCAUAAACUCCUACUAUCAAAAAUUUCUCUCCUUGUGUUUGAAUUUCAAUUGCCACAAAUCUUCCUUGGUCAUCUUUGAAGAUAAAUUUCGGUAAUAGUCUCUCCUUUGCAUAAAUCACUACCCCUCUUUUUUUAACCUUGUCCGAAGAAAUAAACUCCUGGCCCAGUCUUUUGUUGAUCAAUACUUUCCUGUGUAGCCUUGUUACAUGUGUUUCCUGUAAACAAAUCAAGUCCAAUUGUUCCUUUUUUAAUAAAUGAAACACAGUUUUCCUUUUCUGAGGGGAGUUGAGACCAUUACAAUUCCAACUUAAUAGUUGCAGAGCCAUGAUGUAGUUACUUUACUUCUCCUCCAACUGCACCAAGUGCCUGUUCCUGUUCUGUCGGUGGUAUCACCUUCUCCAGGCAGUCUUUUAAUUCAGGAGGUAAUCUUGGUAUGUCUAAAAUUCCUCUUUCUAGUGCUCUUAACUCUUCUCCAGCUUCUUUCUGCAGGUCUUCUCCGUGGUCUCUCAAAAAUCUUUCUUUGUCGUCCUCUGAUCUUAUUUUUAUCUUUCUCCCUUUGUAACUGAAGGAUAGGCCUUGGGGGAAUUCCCACCUAAAGAUAAUUCCGUUGCUUCUCAGCAGGGCAACCAAAUCUCUAUAAUUGGACCUAAGGUCCAAAAGAUAUUUCGGAAUGUCCUUAAAUAUCUCCACUUUUGACUGAUGUAUUUCCAAAGUCUUCUGGAAGUGCAGACUCAAGAUUUUAUCUCUCUCCUCUUUUGUUCUGAGGGUAAUCAAACAGUCUCUCACCCUGUUCUUCUUCCCUCCUCUUCCAAGCCUAAAAGCACUCACUAUCUUAAAGUUUUCCUUCUCCAAAUCUGGGUUCCAAAAGUCUGCAAAUUCCUGCGUAAGAAAGUCAGUCAGAUUGUCUUUCUCAAGUUCAGGUACGGCCCUGAUCCUCAAAUUCGUUUGCUUCUCCUUCAAUUCAAUCAUAGACAAUAUUGACCUGUGGUCUUCAAGUUGUUUGUGUAUCAGUGGUAUCUUCUCUUCUACAGCAGUUGCUAUUUCUUUUGCUUCUUCAGCUGUCUUUCGGGUCAAGGUAGAUUCCUGUGGUAAUUUCUCAAUAGUUUCUGUGUUAGUAUUUACCUUCUGUCCCAAAUUGUUUGUACUUGUGGUAUUUUGAUCAAUUUUAACUGAUGCUUCAGCUACUUGUUUACUUAUUCUUUCCAGAGAUUCAUUAAUUUUACCUAAUGCCUGAGCCAAAACAUCUUCAGAUGCCAUUCCUUUGGGUUUAGAUUGUACCAAUGCGGCUCCUGUUGGUAGUCCAGAAGGACCAGACGUUGAUGCUCUUCGCUGCAGCCCAACGUCUGGACGAAAUGAUCUACCGGACCUCGUUGUUUUUUCCUGAAGCAAAUCUAUUUUCUCCUUUCCAUCUGCCAUAACACUCUAGAUACGGCCCAAGGUCAAUCCCACGAUCAGAAUUUGUUUUGAAGUGGAAAAUUCCCCUGGCCCAGCUGUUAUUGUAACAAUUUCAAACUUCCUCUAGGGGGACACAGUAGCAGUCAAGAGUUGUUGCCUUAAAAUAAUUAACCUUUUUUCUUUUAAUCCCCCAAUUCACAAAAAAACCGACAGUUUCAAUUUCAGUUGUUUUCCAGUUACUUUAAAACCAGGAGAAGCCAGCCAGAAAUAUUGUAUCUCACUUGUAUCUCACUUGCAGAGUUAGCUGUCAAAGAGUACUUUCACCAACAGCGCAUUUCACAGUACGGCAUUCUUAUUAUUCACUGGCAACCCGUUCCCAGGUUUAAGCGGUGGAUUUUAUCUUCCUUUUCUCUGUUUUUGCAGGGAAAUAAAGUUCAGACCUUUCCCCCCUCCUCUCCUGCAAUCAAGGGGGGAAAUCGCUUGUUUGAUGUUAGAAUUAUAGUCUUUUUCAAACGUCUUUCAAGGUUUUCGCUUACAAGUUCAUUGCUUUACUCUAUUUACAAAGAACGGAAGGCAGACUUCCUGUUUAUGCCUCUCCGCUUCGGUAUCAAAUUACUUCUUUGUUCCUUUGUUUCCCAAUUUAGCCUACUCACGGAUAGUUGUUUUGUAACCAAAUUGUCACAGGAAAAAGGCAGCGCUCUCCGGUAAUGCCUGUGCGGCUUCACUCCACGGAAGAAGCAGUUGACUCACAGCACCGCGCCGCUUCCCCGCUCCGCGCCGGAACCCGUAAUCGGGCUCCUUUGCAAGUUGGGGGGGGCGCAAAAGGUGCCCGCUGAGUCCCACGGUCACAGGCUUCACCCGCCUGUGAUUUUUCAAGGGUCCCCGCUUCGCCGCAGCGGAACAGACCCGAUUCCCGUAGAGCUGGUCCCUCCGGAUCAGAGGGAGUCCACCAUUACCGAUGGCGCCACCCCGGAAGUCCUCAUUAAUUAUGUUUCAUUAUAUGCUCCCACUUUCUGAAUUAUCAGACAACGCAGCUGAAAGAAUCAAUGCAUAACAAUGGAAUGGAUAGCAUGGUUGAGAUUGUAUCUGGUGACAAGCAUGGGACAUACAAAACUAGCAGUCCAGAUUCCCCAGGCUCUGGAAGCUGGUUGGGUCUUGAAUGUUGUUUCCCUGAGAAAAGCAGGCAUCCAUGACCCAUCUAAAACAUUUUGUUGCCAGAGGAAGAAAACAUUAUUUAUUCCACUGCUUCUUUUUUUUUUUUAAGGCAUAUUUCUCAAGUACCAGUAACUCCUUUUCACAUUUUAGAAAUGGGGCUUUCUUAGUACAAAAUAGGUGACACAAAAUAAAAAUGCCUCCACAUGGAAACGCACCACCCAGCUCACAAAGCUUACUCACAGAGCUCUCAUAGAUCAUGGAGUUGGAAGGGAUCCCAAGGGUCAUCUAGUCCAACCCGCCCCCCACAAUUUAGGAAUCUUUAAAAAAAAUAUAUUAGUAUUCAAUUACAAGCAUCCAAAAUAAGCCUCAUUAUAUCCAUAUCAAAUCACAAUACCAAAUCAAAUAUCAAACAUCAAGUAAUCAACUUUCCAAUUGUAUAAUUUUGGUCCGUCCCCCCCCCACAUGUGCUAGAAUUACAGGUUUGGUAAAUUCUUUUAAUUCUGCUUCCAAAAUCUAAUUUAAUCCAGUUACAUUCCAAUCAAAAUAAUAAUCCAUAUUCUGCAAGUCAGGAAUCUCAACUACAUCAUCCAUGACAUGUUGUUGUUUAGUCGUUUAGUUGUGUCCGACUCUUCGUGACCUCAUGGACCAGAGCACACCAGGCACUUCUGUCUUCCACUGCCUCCCGCAGUUUGGUCAAACUCAUGCUGGUAGCUUCGAGAACACUGUCCAACCAUCUCAUCCUGUCGUCCCCUUCUCCUUGUGCCCUCAAUCUUUCCCAGCAUCAGGGUCUUUUCCAGGGAGUCUUCUCUUCUCAUGAGGAUCCAAACUCUGCUUACAAACCUCCAAGGAAUUAGAGUCCACAACUUCCCAAGGGAGUCUGUCCCACUGUCGAACAGCUUGCUGUCAGAAAUGUCUUCUGAAGUUGUGUCUGAACCUCCUUCCUUGUAACUUGAAGCCAUGGGAGUCCUGCCUUCCAGAACAGGCCUUGCUCCAUCCUCCAUGUGACAGCCCUUAAGAUCUUAGAAGAUGGCUAUCGUAUCUCCUCCCAGUCUCCUCUUUUCCAGGCUAAACCUACCCAGCUCCUUCAACUGUUCCUCAUAAGGCUUGGUUUCCGGACCCUUGAUCUUCCCAAUCGCCCUCCUCUGUGCACAUUACAGCUUGUCAGCAUCCUUCUUAAAUUGUGGUACCCAGAACUGGACAUCCCCUGAUUUCUGACCUUCUGUUUACCCCCCAUUUCCUGCUGAUGUCCGUUUGUGUAUCACCUGAUUUAGAUGAAAAUGGAGGGGUUUUAUUUGCUCCUAAGACUUUUUUUGGGACCCAAAAUCUCCAGGUGAUCCUACAAACUUCAUUUGGUGCUCUCAACACCCUGGCUGAUGUAUCCCAAGACGUGGUAGGUGGGCGAGGGGAAAAGAAGCUGACCAUCUCUACUCCCCAUGUGAAGCUACUGAAUUACAUCCUGGAACACAUCACGUACACAAAUACAGAGUAUCUACUCGAUGUUGUGGAUCUGGGUGAGUUGGAUUGCUAUUGCGGGACAAGCAUUGAUUGCCCUUUGACUUCACCAGCCUGAAAUCCGUGUUAUAAUUAUUGCAAGACGCUUUUGAGCAGCUUUCCGGCCAUUCUCCCUUUUGAACGAAUGCCACAAGGAGGCAGCGAAUUAUUAUCUUUUCAGAUCUUGCUUUAUUUCUUGAUAAAAUGCUUUGCGAUGUUGAAAAUGGCUUGUCCUCCUCGUUUUGAAGACCUGGGGGUGGGGGAUUGGAAAAGUUUUGUGGAAGAAUAUUGCUGCCCAGUCAGAACUGACAUUUGAGAUGGUUGAUUAAAACAGGCACCCUCUAAAUAGCACUGAAAGCAGAGAAAAUGAUAGGUUCCUGCAUUGCAGGGGGUUGAUGACCUUGCGGUCCCUUCCAGCUCUACAAAUAUUUGAUUGACUGGGUGUGGACCAUAAUUCAGUGAUAGGGAACAUGCUUUGGGUGUGUAUGGUCCAAGGUUCAAAGUCCUGGCAUUUUUUAAAAGGCUUAGAUUUGCAAAUGUAAGGAAAAAGGUAAGGUGAAGGACCCCUGGACAGUUAAACCCAGUCAAAGGUGACUAUGGGGUUGCAGUACUCAUCUCACUUUCAGGCCGAGGGAACUGGCGUUUGUCCAUAGACAGCUUUCCGGGUUGUGUGGCCAGCAUGACUAAACUGCUUCUGGUGCAACAGAAUACCCUGAUGGAAGCCAGAGCACACGGAAAAACCAUUUACCUUCCCGCCACAGCGGUACCUAUUUAUCCACUUGCACUGGUGUGCUUUUGAACUGCUAGCUUGGCAGGAGCUGGGACAGAGCAACAGGAGCUCACCCCGUCGCAAGGAUUUGAACCGCCAACCUUCCAAUCAGCAAGCCGAAGAGGCUGUGGUUUAAACCACAGCGCCACCCGCGUCCCUUAUAAGUAUAAGGAAGCUUCCAAUAAUAUUGUGAGGUUAAUGAUUGCCUUGUAACCUUGGUGGCAUAUGGUUGCCAAAGGAUAAAGUACCACUUGAUUAGGACAACAUUAUGACAAGACUUUGAACCUUGUUGGCAUAUGGUUGCCAAAGGAUAAAGUACCACUUGAUUAGGACAACAUUAUGAUAAGACUUUGAAAGCAUCAGUAGGAAACCUGUGACCUUCUUGGGUGCUGCUGGGUUGCAGUUACCACAAGAUGUAACCGACUGUGCAUUCACAUAAACAGUACUCUUCUAUAUAUUCUUAUCACAAUAUUAAAUGUUAUCUUGCACAUAAACAACACAUAAAGUGCAAUAAUAUAGACGGAAGUCCCAAUAAAUCAGCUUAUAUCUGCUAGUUUCUGUUCCACAUAUAUUCAUAAAGUCCAAAUUGGAGCCUAAUUAAAAUUAUAUAAACAAUUGUGCUAUAGAAGUACAUACCAUAUAUGAAGUAUCAAGAUAAUAGAAUUUAUAACACGCUGGUUUCUGCAGUGAAUAACAACUGUUACAGUGUCUAUAUAGUCUAUAUAAUCUUAAUCUUAUUUAAUUUUAAUUUGUUAAAAUAUGUAGAAUUAUAUUCAGUUAUAUUACUUAGAAUAUGUACCACUGAUGAAGCCCAUGAGAGCAAAACAAGGCAUUAUUCCGGAAAUCCUUGUCAACACUGUGGAACUGUAGUAGGCUCCAAUUUGGACUUGAUGAACAUAUGUGGAACAGAAACUAGCAGAUAUUUGGUCUUUAUGAAUGAAGUGAUUUAUCGCGACUUCCGUCUAUAUUAUUGCACUUUAUGUGCAAGAUGGACGCGGGUGGCGCUGUGGGUUCAACCACAGAGCCUAGGACACGCCGAUCAGAAGGUUGGCGGUUUGAAUCCCCACGAGGGGUUGAGCUCCCGUUGCUCAGUCCCUGCUCCUACCAACCUAUCAGUUCGAAAGCACCUCAAAGUGCAAGUAGAUAAAUAGGUACCGCUCCAGCGGGAAGGUAAACGGCGUUUCUGUGUGCUGCUCUGGUUUGCCAGAAGCGGCUUAGUCAUGCUGGCCACAUGACCCGGAAGCUGUAUGCCGGCUCCCUCAGCCAAUAAAGCGAGAUGAGUGCCGCAACCCCAGAGUCGGCCACGACUGGACCUAGUGUUCAGGGGUCCCUUUACCUUUACUCCCCAAUAUAACUGCUCACUUACCCCGUCAUCAAGGGUCAAAAUAAACAGCCAGUGUUUCUUUUUCAGAAGGCAGCCUUCUCCCACGUUCGCUACUCACAUGCUGGUUUUGUACCUUAGAAUCACAGAAUUAUAGAACUGUAAAGUUGGAAGGGACCCUGAUCAUCUAGUCCAACUUCCUGCAAUGCAGGAAUAUGCAGCUCUCCCCUACGAGGAUCGAACCUGCAACCUUGGCAUUAUCAGCACCAUGCUUUAGCCAACUGAGCUAUCCAGACUGAUCUUUUAAAAGACAUGGGCAUGGUCUGCUAAGAGACACUUAAAACAGAAGGGUGGAUUCCACCACUUUUGGAGUAUGGCUUGCAUAUUCCUAUAAGUGGGGGGGGGGGUAUGGUUCCAAGUGCCAUCUGAACUAUGGAAGCCAAGAAACGGACAACUGCUGACCGACCUAUCCAUUGCUUUCCAGUGACAUUUACCAUGGGGACUCAUCAGGUGAGGUUUCCUGUGACCAUCCGACAGCCGGGCCUUCCUAAGCUGUUUGACCCAGGACCAGGUGAGCUUCUGAUGCCCAUUCAAAUAGCAAAACCAUGAUGACGUAACACCUUUAUUGGCUCUCUUAACCAGAGGUGGGUAGAAGGUAGGUUUCUGGACUUUAAGCCAAACAACAAAGGUUUCUGACACCUAAUCCUGAAGAACAGCAACAACAAAAUAAUGCUUCCACCUACCGCCUCAAAUCAUACUGCUGAAAUGACGGGAGGCAGGGGUGGUUGCAGCCUGUAAUGGAUUUCUCUGUGGAAGGACUGUGAGCUCAGUUCUGGUACUCAAAAGAAAUUCCUGGGCUCAGAAUUCCUUAAUGCUAAAUAUAUGUCCUUUGUAGAUGGAUCUUGGGGUUCUGGCAGAAAAACAAAAUAGAUGUGCAGCAUAAAGAUAUGCUGCAGCUAGACUGGUGACUGGGCGUGGCCACCAAGACCAUAUAACACCGGUCCUGAAAGACCUAUAUUGGCUCCCAGUACGUUUCCGACCACAAUUCUGAGCACAGUGGGUUUCCACUGAAAUGAGGCUGCAUUUUAAGUUGUACUUUAAUCCUGUUUUUAUGUUGUAUUUUAAUCAAUUGUUUUUAUACUUGAUGUUAGCCGCCCUGAGCCCGGUCUUGGCCAGGGAGGGCGGGGUAUAAAUAAACUAAACUAAACUAAACUAAAAUAAAAUAAUUCAAAGUGUUGGUGCUGACCUUUAAAGCCCUAAAUCAGGCAUCCCCAACCUGCAGCCCUCCAGAUAUUUUUGCCUACAACUCCCAUGAUCCCUAGCUAACAGGACCAGUGGUCAGGGAUGAUGGCAAUUGUAGUCCAAAACAUCUGGAGGGGCGAAGGUUGGGGGUGCCUGCCCUAAAUGGUGUCGGCCCAGUAUACCUGAAGGAGCGUCUCCACCCCCAUCGUUCAGCCCAGACACUGAGGUCCAGCGCUGAGGGCCUUCUGGCAGUUCCCUCCCUGCAAAAAGUGAGGUUACACUUACAGGGAACCAAGCAGAGGGCCUUCUUGGUAGUGGCACCUGACCUGUGGAACGCCCUCCCGUCAGAUGUCAAGGAAAUAGCUAUCUGACUUUUAGAAGACAUCUGAAGGCAGCACUGUUUAGGGAAGUUUUUAUGUUUGAUGUUUUAUUAUGUUUUAAUAUUCUGUUGGGAGCCGCCCAGAGUGGCUGGGGAAACCCAGCCAGGUGGGCGGGGUAUAAAUAAUUUAUUGUUAUUAUUUUUAUUUAUUACAUCUUGUAGAAAGAUCAAAUAGAACACCUCAGUGCAGACACAAACAUUUUAUGGUGGGGCAGGAGUAAUCAGUGUGGUGCCUUGCAAAUGUUGGUCUAUAGCUCUCAUCAUCCCUGACCAUUGACUUCACUAGUUGGGGCUGACAUGCCCUCCAACGUUUCUCCGAUGAAAAUAGGGAUGUCCUAUUCCAUAAGGGUAAUUAUUAUUAUGAGUGGCUCCCAACAUAUAUAAAAGCAUAUUAAAACAUUAAAAAACUUCUCUAUACAGUGGUGCCUCGCAAGACAAAAUUAAUCCGUUCCGCAAGAGUCUUCGUCUAGCGGUUUUUUCGUCUUGCGAAGCAAGCCCAUUGACGGAUUAGCGCUAUUAGCGCUAUCAGCUGUUUAGCGGCUAUUAAAGGCUUAAAGGCUUAGGGGAUUAGCUGCUAAAAGGCUAUUAAAGGCUAUUAAAGGCUUAGCAGAUUAGAUAAAGGGGGGGGAAAGCGGAAAAAAAAACUCAAGACUCGCAAGACAUUUUCGUCUUGCGAAGCAAGCCCAUAGGGGAAUUCGUCCUGCGAAGCAACUUCAAAACGGAAAACCCUUUCGUCUAGCGGUUUUUCCGUCUUGCGAGGCAUUCGUCUUGCGGGGCACCACUGUACAGGGCUGCCUUCAAAUGUCUUCAAAAUGUUGUGUAGUUACUCAUCUCCUUGGCUUGGGAGUUGCAUAACUCCAGGCCCUCCAACGUUUCUGUGGUGAAAACAGGGGCGUCCAAAGGGAAAGCAGGGCAUUCCAGGAUCGGAUCAAAUCAGAAACCAGGGCAGCUUCCUGUAAAUCCAGACUGGCCCUGGAAAAUAGGGACACUUGGGGGGGUCUGGGCUGAUAGAGGGCACCACAUGGGCUACUUCUGUGGUAGGGAAGAGAAGGUACUUCAACUCUGCAGAAGGUGACCUAAGCAGGCACCCAGAGUGAAAACAGUGGCUCAGGAACAGAACCUUCAAGGAAGAGGCCUACUCUGGGUUGUGGUAGGAAAUGUUUCUAUAAUGGUACCUUGGGUUAAGAACUUAAUUUGUUCCGGAGGUCCGUUCUUAACCUGAAACUGUUCUUAACCUGAAGCACCACUUUAGCUAAUGGGGCCUCCAGCUGCGGCCACGCCGCUGGAGCACGAUUUCUGUUCUCAUCCUGAAGCAAUGUUCUUAACCUGAGGUACUAUUUCUGGGUUAGCGGCGUCUGUAACCUGAAGCAUAUGUAACCUGAAGCAUAUGUAACCCGAGGUACCACUGUACUUGAAUGAGAGGCUGAAUACAAGACUCCUAGAGUACAGUCGUGGGAAACAAACCCACAUGGGUUGUUGAGUGUGUUGGCUCACUCUUCCUUCCCUUUCUUUGUCCCUCAGAUUACAACAUCAGCAAUAUGGUGACCAUCACAACCAAGACUUUCUUGCGCUACCACAAGCUUAGGGUCCUCCUUGAGAGCAUACGGCAGUAUUAUCCAAAUAUGAAGGUCAUUGUGGCAGACGACAGCGAACACCCUGAGAUGAUUCAACAAGCCAACGUUGAGCAGUACAUUAUGCCCUUUGGAAAGGUACCUACCGGCAUGUGCAGAUGUGGCUUCUUCCACUACUGAGAGGGAUUUCCCAGCUCCUGGUCAAGUGAACCAAUCCUGGGCCUUUCUGACAGCAGUGUGGCAGGUGACAUGGAGAAGCUCGAUGGGCCAUGAUAUAUGCUAGGGAUGGGGAACCUGGUGGCCCUGUAGAUGUUGCUGGACUACAACUCCCAUCAUUCCUGACCAUUAGCCAUGCUGGCUAGGGCUUAUGGGAGCUGCAGUCCCAACAACCAAGCCAGAUAGCUCAGUCACUAGAGCAGGCAUAGGCAAACUCGGUCCUCCAGAUGUUUUGGGACUACAACUCCCAUCAUCUCUAGCCAACAGGACCAGCGGUCAGGGAUGAUGGGAAUUGUAGUCUCAAAACAUCUGGAGGGCCGAGUUUGCCUAUGCCUGCACUAUAGCACAAGGCUCAUAAUUUCAGGGUUGUGGGUUUGAGCCCCGCAUUGGGCGAAGAAUCCUCCGUUGCAGGGGGUUGGGCUUGAUGACCCUUGGGGUUCUCUUCUAGCUCUACAAUUCUGUGAUUCUAAUAAGCACUAUAACACUGCGGUUCCCUGCCCCAGGUGUAUGCUGAACUUCCAGACUUUGUGCCUAGUUCCUAGCUAUUAAUAGAGACGAUUCCCUCUUGAUUUGAUAGUUUGCGCUAUAAAUUUAAAGCAGUAUCAUAUCAGUUUUACAGUCACAGCUUCCCCCGAAGAAUCCUAGGAGGUGAAGUUUGUGAAGGGUGCUGAGCGUUGUCAGGUGUCAGAGACCAGACUGAGGAUUAUAGCACUGAUGAGGAAUGGUGGGAACCUCCCCCUCUUCCUGCUCCUGAUCAGGAUCCUGAAGCUGCUCAGGAACAGUGGAGCAGUAUAGAUCUAGAGAAUCGGUUUGUAGAGGGACAUAGUUUGGAAAGCAACAGCUGGGCAGAGCUGAGUGGGGAACAGCUAGAAGUAGCAGAACAGGGAGAGAAAGAGAGAGAUAACUGACUCCUCUUUGUUUGAGAGUGUCCAGCCUAUCUCUCCACGGGCAAGGUGAGCUGAUAAAGUUGGUACGCAGAAGGCUCAGUGGUUGCGAGAUCAGGUUGCCAGAAGGGGAAGUGAUGAUGACUUGUUGGGGGGGGGGGGAGGAGAACUUAAUUGGAAGCACCUUCACUCAGAGAAUGGCUGCUGUGUUCUUUUGCUGUGAUCGUUAAAUGCUCUUAAACUGAUAAGGGACUCUAUGAUUGCUUUGUUCUGCUGACGCACGGCCAAAGGAGGUGGGGGAGAGAGAGGAAGCCGUUUCUCCAAAGCCUGACAUCAGGAGACUCCUAAUACCCUUACAGAGCGACACUGGUCGGUCAGUCACGACAGCCACGACAUUUAAAGCACUCUUAUGCCACUUUAAAGUGUAUGGUGUUGAUGUCUCUCUAAGGGCUUGUGAAACUCUUCACAUCCUUGCCCUCAACUCCUGCCUUCUCUUUUUCUCAAUGCCUCCUUUUGUUCUGUCAUCUUCCAAAACACCCAGAGUCCAGGGCUUCUCAUUCUCUGAACAGUACAGUGGUACCUUGGUUCUCUAUCUUAAUCCGUUCCGGAAGUCUGUUCCAAAACCAAAGCGUUCCAAAACCAAGGCACGCUUUCCCAUAAAAAGUAAUGCAAAAUGGAUUAAUCCGUUCCAGACUUUUAAAAACGACCCCUAAAACUGCAAUUUAACAUGAAUUUUACUAUCUAACGAGACCAUUGAUCCAUAAAAUGAAAGCAACAAACAAUGUACUGCAGUCACACAAUCAAUCAAUCAAUCAAUCAGCAGCUGAACUGGGUUCCACACAGUCACAAAAACGAAACAAAAAAGCACUACAGAAGUGCAAAAUAAAUAGCAAAAACAGAUAGACCUCAGUGUUACACUCAAAUUGGAAGUGUGGCACUCAAAACGGAAGUGUAACACUCAAAACGGAGAACGUUCGGCUUCUGAAAAAAGUUCGCAAACCGGAACACUUACUUCCGGGUUUGCAGUGUUUGGGUUCCAAGUUGUUUGAGUACCAAGGUAUUUGAGAACCAAGGUACCACUGUAUUUUGGUGUCCUCUGUGUCCCAACUAAAAUAGUUGAGAGCACUUACGAGAAGAGAGGCAACAUGGAAAGAGGAUCUUGCAGGGCUGGGGGAGAAUGCCUUUCUCUGCUUCCCUCCCCAGGCAGGGCCAUUUGCCACUAACUGCCCUGUGAGAUGGAGUAGGAGAAGAGUGUAUGUGUUGAGUAAAAAAGAGAGAGACCCAGAGCUUAUUUGAGCUGAACUGUCCACACUUUUCCCACCCACCUAUCUCCCGGGCCAUCUGCCACCAACUAUUGGCCUGUGAGUAGAAUUGUGAAAAUUACAUUUUUAUAUUGCUUUUUUUUAAAAAAUACCAUUUAUUGAAAUAUUUGGAUGUUAAUUGUAAGCGGCUUUGGAAGGGUUUUUUGGACUGCAAAUCCCAUCAUUAUUAUUUACUAUUUAUUUCAUUUCUAUACCGCUUUAUAUUUUUAAGAAAAAUCUCAAAGCGGUUAACAGAAUAUUAAAACAUCAAUAAAUCCAUCUGAAGAAAGUCAAAUAUAUAGAGUAUACAGUCAAAGCAACAUAAUUAACAGAAAACUAAAAUAUUAUCUUAAAGAUUUCAAAAUGAAACAUUACAAAGGAGAGGUCAACUACAGAAGACGUAUUUAACAUAAACAAAAGUCAACUAAAUAAAACUUUAAAACAUUUUUUUUUAAAAAAACACCAUUACUAAGUGAAGUCAAAUAUAAAAAGCACAUUUGAACAGCAUAAUUAACAAGAGGAUAAAAGAGGUGCAAGUAGAUAAAUAGGUACCACUCUGGUGGGAAGGUAAACGGCGUUUCCGUGCGCUGCUCUGGUUGGCCAGAAGCGGCUUAGUCAUGCUGGCCACAUGACCCGGAAGCUGUACGCUGGCUCCCUUGGCCAAUAAAGCGAGAUGAGUGCUGCAACCCCAGAGUCGGCCACGACUGGACCUAAUGGUCAGGGGUCCUUCUACCUUAAAAUGUUAUCGUAAGCAGGACACGGCUGUUUGGCAGGCACAAAAAGAUGGGCCAAAAGAAUCCAAUAGUUAGGGUUUGUUGUCAGGCAUAGCGAUGUCCCUCCAUUUUCACUAGGUGCCUCUUUAGAAGAGCUGGUGAGUCUGGGCCCCACCCGCUAGGCCAGGUGGAAAGGGCCUUGCAGGGAGCGGCCUUCACGACUCACAGCUGGGUGAUGUCCCUCUGGUCUCUAGCUAGAAGGACCCAGUGGUCAGGGAUGGUGGGAACUGUAGUCCAGAACAGCUGGAGUUUCGGAAACCCUGCUCUGAAGCCAACAUCAGUGGCAUAGUGCAAUGUGAACGUGUUCAUUCUAGGAUCUAGGGGGGAUAUGUCUAGUUCUAAGCUUAGUGUUUCAGACAUACGGUACUUGGGGGGGUUGGAUGACCUGCCUGUGAUUUCCAUGAAAAUGGCUCACGCCGCUUAUUGUCUUUGUUUCUGUGCCUCACUCCAAGCAAGCAGAACUGUUUUCCUCUGACAGAUACCUGGGUUUGUGUGUGCUGUGUGUGUGUAAGAAGGGAUGCAUUCAAAUUUAUCACCUGCCUUUCUCCCUGGAUUUUGGCAUUCCCAAUUCCCCAGUCUGUCUCAUUCCCUUUUAAAAAUAAACAUAAAAAUAUUUUUUAUUAAAUUUUACAUAACAAAUUUCAAUUUAAAUGUAUCAAUUAUCUUUACAUUUAGGAUUCUCAGAAUCCCUUGACUCCUCCCUGCCCUUUUCUGGUUUCCGUUGUCCAUCCCUUUUUAUUCAACUUAUCCCUUUUCUUCCAAUUUAUUGUAUCUAUUAUUAACUUUUCCGUUAUAUUCGGGAAGGCCACCAAGAAAGGCUGCCCUAAAGCCUUACAUGGAAACAUCAGGUGUAGCACCCAACUGACAGGCUGAAUUUUAUGCAGGUGGUGGAGGCAGAUAUUCUGCUGUGGAAAGAGCUCCCUAACAAAAACACACCACUGACAUAGCCUGAUACUCCUUCCUGAUUCACUUCCUCAGGGCUGGUUUGCAGGAAGGAACCUGGCCAUCUCUCAGGUCACGACCAAAUACUACCUCUGGGUGGAUGAUGAUUUCGUGUUCACCGCAAACACCAAGAUCGAGAAACUAGUGGAAGUGUUGGAGAACAGCAACUUGGAUGUGGUAUGUAUUUUUUUGCCACGCUGUCCACUAGCCUCCCAACCCAACUCUGGCCAGUGUAGAUAUUUUUCCUGCAUUCCUAGAACAAGCCACACAACUGGAAUGGGUCUGAGAGGUUAACGAACGGUUGCUCCUAACAACUUUUGGGUCCCUUUCUGAAUCCAUUUAACACAGUGUUUCCCAAACUUGGGUCUCAAGCUGUUUUUGGACUACAACUCCCAUCAUCCCUAGCUAGCAAGACCAGUGGUCGGGGAUGAUGGGAAUUGUAGUGCGAAAAACAGCUCGAGACCCACGUUUGGGAAACACUGCUCUAACAGAUUCAAUAGCACGUAAGGAGGCUGUGCUUUUAGGUUGCAGCUGUAACCUAGUUGAAGAAAUCUUACACCACAAUCCUGUGCAUGUUUACUCAGAAGCAAGUUCCACUGUGCUCAGUAGGUCUGGUAAGAAUGUGUAAGAUUGCAGGCCAAUUAUCUGCAUGCAUUUAACUGCUCAGUGAAAUCUGUAUAAAUUUGCAUGUGGUUAAGAAAAUGGCCGUUCGGAAGCAUUUUUCGUUUUCGGAGGUUGCAUCCACGUGUCACAUGCAAGCAUCAUCUUUGAAGACUCCAUGUGAGAAUAUCCUUCCAUCUGUAGUCUGUCCAGAUUCUUCUUCUAGAAAUAAUUGCCAGUUUUAAUAUGUAACCAGCUGCCCAAUUAGUUGGGUGCAUCCUUUAGUCCAGGGAUGGGGAAGUGUUGGACCUCCAAAUAUUGCGACUCCACCUCCAGCCAGCAUGGCCAGUGGUCAGGGAUAGGGGAGUUGGAGCCCAACAAUAUCUACAGCUUCCCCAACCCUGCUGUGGAAAGGACUUGGCGUUUCAAUGGCAACAGUACCAUGGUGAAGUCUAUCAAGUGCUGAUAGGUGCCUGUGUGGUUUAUAGGUCGGAGGCAGCGUUGGUGGCAAUGACUACAAGUUUAAGGUCAUCUAUGAGGAAGGAGAGGACAGCAGUUGUCUGCACAUCCGAUAUGGCUCUUACCACCGCUUGAAAGGCUUUCCCAAUUGUGUGGUCGCCAGCGGCGUAGUCAACUUCUUCCUCGCUCGUACUGAGGAGAGCAGGCGUGUUGGGUUUGACCCUAAGCUGCAAAGGGUGGCUCACUCAGGUAAGGUCACAUGCCCCACCCACUCCACAAACCUCCAGAUUAUAUAUAGUGCUAACAUUGUCCCUGGUGGCGCUGUGGUCUAAAGCAGCAAGCCUCUUGGGCUUGCCAAUCAGAAGGUCGCCGGUUCGGAUCCCCGCCUGCGACAGGAUGAGCUCCCAUUGCUCUGUCCCAGUUCCUGCCAACUUAGCAGUUUGAAAGCACACCAAUUCAAGUAGAUAAAUAGGUACCACUGCGGCGGGAAGGUAAACGGCGUUUCCAUGUGCUCUGGUUUCCGUCACAGUGUCCCAUUGCUCCAGAAGCGGUUUAGUCAUGCUGGCCACACGACCCAGAAAGCUGUCUGUGGACAAACGCCGGCUCCUUCAGCCUGAAGUGAGAUGAGCGCCACAACCCCAUAGUCCCUUUUGACUGGACUUAACGGUCCAGGGGUUCUUUACCUUUUACCAGCGGAAAGUAAGUAGGUCUCUACCUGACGUCACCUUAUAGUGGCAUAGUUUGGGUGGGGGCAGAGGGGCAGUUGCCCUGGGCACAAAAUUUCAACCCGGUGCUGCCUCAAUACAGCUGCUUGCUUCCAUUGCUGGACUCUGUUUAAAAGUAGCUUCUCCAUACGAACCAGGAAGUGACCUCUCCAGAUAAAGGAUCGACUCUUCUUUUCUCAUCUCUGUGGCUGCAAUCUCCUGGGUGACGUGGGCGCCAUUAGGCAGUUGGAUGUGCAUGGGUACUCCGUCCGUUUCCCUACCUCCCACACACACACCCCGGGCACUGGCAACCCAUGCUAUGUCACUGGUCCCCCGUGGCGUAGGGGCAGGUGGGUGUGGUUUGGAGAGGAAAGGCCCCAUGGGUCAAAAAUGAGACUUGCGCCCAGGCUAGAAGCCCCACACCUGUUUGAAACCCUGUCUUUUUCAGAAGCUAAUUUUCCGGGUGAGGUCAGAAUGAGCAUUGCAAAUUGAGUUUCCUGUCUUCCUUUUCAUAGAAUCAUAUAGUUGGAGGGGGGUGGUGUAGGCCAUCAAGCCCAGAAUGAAAACAUCCCCAAGACAUUACUGUUGAGCCUCUGCUUUGAAAGCCUUUGAGAAGGCUGGCUUGCUAAGUUAUCUUAUCCCAGUGGUCACCCACACUCCCUAAUACACAGGCAUCUGAAAGGGGGUAGCCUGCACAAUGCCCUCUGCUCUUGGCAUGGCCAUCAUAAGAACUUAAGAAAAGCCUACUGGAUUAGGCCAAAGGCCCAUCUAAUGAUAAUCCAGAAUCAAGUUCACACAGGAGCAAACCAGAUGUCUGUGGGAAGGGUAGUAGCCACGUGGCCAAGACCUCUGUGUGAUCAGGGGAACAGAUUGCAUGGAGGUGAGGGCAGCUGCUCAGCUGUAGAGUUCAUGUUUGAGACAUCUACGUUUAAUGUGUAGGUUGGCCAGGAGUUGCGGCCCUGCUCCAUGUGCUUCCUACAUGCAGAGAACAAGUAUGAACGGUGGUCUCUUAUUCAAAAGUAUGUCGUCUAAGUGAUUUACUUACUGCAGGGAUGGGGAGCCUGUGACUGCCCCCCCCCCCCAGUGUUGCUGGACUCCAACUCAUGUCAGCUGAAGCCAGCAUGGCCAAUGGUCAGGGAUGAUGGGAGUUGUAGUCCAGCAAGAGCUGGAGGCUCAGAGGUUUCCUAACCCUAGUCCACUGACUUCUCUCGCCCCAAUCUUCCCUUCAGAAUAUUUUAUGGAUGGACUGGGUAUUUUGCGAGUCGGCUCCUGCAAUCAUGUUGUCGUCGGUCACCAGCCACACGGCAGUGCGAAAAACACACGAGAGGCUGACGUCGAGAAGACUUACGGCAGAUUCCGGGCCAAUACUCAGGAGCAGGUCCGGUUCAAACUGGCUUUACAUUACUUUAAGAACAGGAUGAAAUGCUACACAAAGGCUUGACUGCCGUAUUUCAACUCUACUGCUCCUGAAUCCCCUAGAGGGCAUCUUUCAAGUGGCAAUGGGCUCACCUGAAGGGACUGUCGAUUAUCUUGGAACAAGCAACUGACUGGAGCCACAAAAGCGGCCAAAAGCCACUGACUGAAAACCAGAGCUCUUGCUUAAUAUCAUCUUUUGUGGGACUUCCCUGUUGGGGGGUUUCUCGCAACAGGACCCUACUGUGAAAUGUGUAUUUAAAGUGCCAUGGAUUGCCACAAACACACUCUUCUUCCACUGAGAUGCCUGUGUGGUGAGACGGCGGCCAUUUUUGUUAUCUGCUCUGUGUUAAAGGCAGUAUAUGGAAGUUGUAUGCUGUGCUAAAGUGGAAUUUAAUUUCUCUACGGACUUUCACCCUGGCUGUUUUUAAAGCCAGCUAAAACCAUGAAGCAAACCUGUGAAUGCUGACCCAUCUUUCCUUUCCACUCUAGUUUUUAUUUCAGGUUGCUUUUUCUGAUCUUUUUUAUGCAACAGGAGGAGGCUGUGUUGAAGGGAGUGAGUGCAAGCCCCUGAUCCUCAGAGCAUAAUUAUCAGCUAACUGGGUUGAAAGAGAUUAAAAAAGGGAGUCAGCUGUGGGCCGACUCCAGUGGGGACAACCCCAAAGGGGAGACACCAAAGGGAGCCACUCCUUUGGGGAGACAAGGGGCAGGAACAAGAACCUGUGGUACAUUUUUGUGAUAGACAGCCUUAAUGAUAGAAGAUGGAAUGGAGUUUGAGGCUGCAUAUGGGUUGUGAGUGACAGUCAAGCCCCUGGUGCAAGUGGGAAGGUUCUUGGCUAAGGAGGGGUAAGGAGCUAGUUUGGAGUGAACUUUGAGGUGGUUAGACCCUUUUGCACUCUUCACAGGGCAGUUGUUCACUUGCACUUGGGGCACAGUAUCCUCCCACAGAGUAGGAUACUAUUAUUUUGUCCCUCCCGUAACUCCUAACUGGAGAGGGUGGGAAGAGCAGUUGGUUCUCCUUUGGUGGAGUUGAGCAGUUGCUCCUUUGGUGGAGUUGAGUGGAGAAAACCAAACGCAGCAAACAAAAGACAAGUCUGGGUCAGAGGGAACAGGUAGGGAAGAUCCAGUGGUCUUGGGGAAGAGAGCUAUGGAAAGGGCAGUAGGCGACAUCGUCAUAGGAGAGUGGGAAGCCAGACUCUUGAUGUUAGUUGUCCCUGUUCAGCUGUUCAGUAGACUUUAGUACCUAUGCUGACCUGGUGACACUAUUGGCUAACACCGGGUGAGUCCAGAAAAGAACUCAGCCAUGAUCUGAUCAUGGCUGAUCUGGUCUACCUGGUGCGUGUUACGGAGACGCAGGAGGGCAAGCAGGUAGUGGCGGCUGACCCUACCCAGCUUUGUCCACCUGGGUAUUUUGUGCAGUAUCAGUCAAGGUCAGAGGGACAUGGUGACACACAGCUGUCAUCCAGAAGUCCUGUCAUUCCCAACACAAGGCCAGUCCCUCAGGGAACUCAAUGUGAACAUUUGUACUUGGUGUCUGGCACAACGGGGAUCUUAUCUGCACUAUCCUGCUGCCCAACCACCUCCCUCUCUUGAGGUCAAUCUCUGGUUUGGUGUUGGUUCUGGACUUCAUGGCUUUCCAUGACAACCAUGGAGCUGUUUCAGUACAACGUGCACCUGACAUAUGUCAUAGGUUAUAUACCCUGGGUCUGUUUUUGCCACAUAGGGGACUGGCAAGGAUCUGGUGAGUGGGCAGCCAUCACCCUAUUUUCACAUGGGCAGAUUGCUUUCUGUUGUGGAUUGGCCUGGCUGUGAUUGCCCCCACCCCCAGGUCUGGAGGACCAGUUAAGUUGGAGACAGAUAGAGUCUGAGGUAUUCCUGAAUGCUUUGGGGGAAUUUUCCAGGCAGUAUGACUGGUGCUCCUGUCAAGGCACUCGUUUCACGGUGGAAUACUGAGAUGGAGAGAAGGCCAUUGGCACAAUCACGCCGAAGCUCCCUGUCUGACCACAAGUAAUUCAGGAAUUUGUGGUUUUCUGAGGCCCUCUGGGCAAUGAAGCAAGCUAGACAACAACUGGAGCACAGGUGGUACAAGUCGUGGCUUGAAUCCGACCACAUAGAGGUGCAAGUACACAGCCUCACCUUUCAUGUGCCUGUGGCAAAGAGCAUAUAUGUAUCUCAGCCCCCCCGUUGCUUCCUGAGUGAAUCGCUCAACAGAGCUGUCUAGAGACUGUUAAAUUGGUUGGUACCUCUUCAUUUGCAAUAGACCACUCAGUAGCCUGCUGUGAAAAAUCUGCAAGGCACUUUUGAGGGCAAAAAACUCACUCAUGCCAGUUAGUCCAGGUCUGUUGAGAGAUCCCAUGAGCAGCACUGCUGGGGGACCAAUUCCAGGGGAUGAUGGCAUGGACAGGAUACCUGUGGCCAUGAGGCUGAGUGCAUUCCCUCUUGAACUCAGCCCAUCAUGGGUGGUAAAAUCUAGUAGGAAGGGAUUGACUCAGUGGGUGCAGGGAGUGGUUAAUGCCUCAUUACAGGAGUUUUGCUCACUGCCUUGAAAGGGGUGGUGAGAAGGCCCAACUUGGAGACGCCCUCCUGACUCCAGAGCCUUUAGAAAUGUUACUGAGCUGUCUCGUAUUAUUCCCUUCCUGUGCAAGGCGAUUGGGAGGGCGGUGGCUAGCCAGCUGCAGCAGGCCUGGAGCGAGGGACGCUGGUCCCGAACAAUCUUCUAUUUGCAGACUUGCUCCCAAGAAUGGUCUUUGGGAUGCUUUGUCUGAAAUGUUCUAAGCCGACAAAAAAAGAGAGGCAUACCUUUUAUGGGGUGAUUGGAACAGACUCAACUGAACCAUAGUUGAGAAGAUCAGCCAAUGGAACUGUAGCCCUAGUCAGAGGUGGUCAGUGAUAAUACCCUGGUCAACUUUUUUUUUUGCAGGGGAAGAGGAAUAUUGAAGUCAGAACUUCACUCCCUAUUCCCAAAGUGAUUUACUGGCUCUAAUCACGUAGGGCUGUAGCUGCUAAAUUGGGCUAGGCAUUUUGCAUGCAGCCAUGGUUUGUCGGUUGCGGUUCCCCAUCAAACUCAGGGAAUGUUCAGAGAUGCCCUUGGUCUGGAAAAGUUCCCCCGCCCUACCUUACAGGGAUGUUGUAAGGAUGAAAGCACAUGAAAAGCACCAUUAAUAAUGAUUUGAAUAUUAAAUCAGGGCACAAAUUAAAAUAUGAUUUUUUUUCCGUUUUAUUAAAAAAAAUGAAACAGUGGAGUAAAGCAGUUUGUGGCAAUAACCAAGCUGGAAGUAAAAAUGGAGCUCGCAGUCCAUCUGUAGUCGCAACUUUGGAUGUGAGCCAACUAACCUGCCUCAUGCAAUAGACAAGGAGUCUAAGAACAGAAAGGGGAAUUGAAAGAGAAAAAAGAUUAAAAAAACAAAAACAAAAACCUUUUUUUUUAAUACAGUUGACCAAAAGGGAGGAAAACAAUUGUUAAGAGCACAGCCUUUCAGAUUUAGUCUGAAUUUGUGAUGAUUUCAAUGGCUUAGAAUAAAAAAGAGAAAACAGUG